AUGCUACUGGAGACAGCAAGGGACCAAGCUCACUCCACCAGCCCUCCCCUAGAAAAUGCUCCCCACCAGGAUUUGCAGCACAUUUGCACCACGCACAUUUGCACACUGCGGCGACACCUGCUGUCCAGCUGCCUCACAGUUGCCUUUGCCUCCCCGUCUCCAGGGCUUGUCUCCUCCGAGCUGGUCAGCGUCUGCUCUUCAUCUCCAUGUAAGAAUGGAGGCACCUGUAAAGACUUGGAAGAUGGCUACAGGUGCCUCUGUCCCCAGAGCCUCUCAGCCUAUGUGGGAAAAGACUGUGAAUACCUCUACGACGUGUGCGCCGGGCACCCCUGCCUACCUGAGUGGAUCUGCCACGGGACUCCUGGACACCUGAACUACACCUGCCAUUGUCAGCCCGGCUUGGCAGCUCUCUCCUGCAGCAGCGAAGGCGAGGUGUGCAAGAGCAGCCCCUGCCUGCAGCCUCAUUUGCAGUGUGUGGAGCUGCCUGGUGGGUAUGGCUGCCAGUGCCCGAGCGGGGGCAGCUGCCAGGCUGGGCCUUCCCUUUGCUCCAGCCAGCCCUGCCGCAACAACGGCACCUGCGUGGAGAGUGCUGGGGAGUACAGCUGCCGGUGCCAACCUGGCCACAGCGGUGCCCACUGCGAGGAGGACGUGGGCGAGUGUGCCUCUAGCCCGUGCCAGAAUGGGGCCAUCUGCCUGGACAGGGCUAACGAGUACAGUUGUUUCUGUGUGCCUGGCUUCCAGGGCUACCGCUGCGAAAUAGACAUCAACGAGUGUGCCUCCCGGCCUUGCCAACACAACAGCACCUGCCUCAACCUGAUGGACCACUAUGCUUGCCAGUGCCUACCUGGCUACACAGGUACUACUUGCAGGUUGGGGGCUGUGUUCCUUUGGGGCAACUGCAGGGGAAGGGGCACGUGCCAAAUGCAAAAGUGGGUGGGGCACAGUAGUGCAUUUUACCUUUGUGCAGGAGGAUGCAACUCAAAGAGGCAAUGGGGCAUGGCCAGUGAGGCGUUUGGCCUUGGGAGAGUCCCAGGGGCCAGGCAGGGAAGCUUGGAGGGCCACAUUCACUCCCCCUUGCCUGAGGUUCCCCCAGCGCACUAAGGGCACUUCAUGUGUCACCAGCAUCUUCCCACAGGAACACAAGGGAGAACAUCUUGCUGUCUGUUUACUUAACUUAUUUAACUCACCAUGGGACCUUUGGGUGAAGGGUGGGUAAUUAACAGCAACAACUUAGUUAUCCAUGGAUGGUGGUCCUAGGAUGAUGAAGCAGAGAGCAGAAUGGUUUGUCAUGGGGGCAUCUGUGAUCAGAAAUGUCUUCGGUCACAGGUAGCCAGUGUGGUGACUCCUGGAGGGUAGAUGUUGUUGCUGGACUACGAUUCCCAUCAUCCCAUUCUGUCUGCUGGAGCUGAUGGGAGUUGUAGCACACAGCACCCGGAGGCCCCCAAGUUGGCCAUCCAUCCCUCUUGUGAAUACUCAAGCCAGCCAAUAUCUUAAGGAUGGGCAAUUCAAGGGACUCUUGAAUUCCUUUCUGCAGCUCAGAUUGUUCUGUGACACCAAACCAUCUCAAUGGGCCCUGAUUCACUCCCCACUUGCCAGCUUUGUGCUGAAGCAGCUCCCACAAGGGUCUUUUCUCAGUGUCUGCACCCCCACCUCUGUUAUCAGGGUGGAAUCCAGUCACGAGGGCCCCCGCCUGUACCUGGUACCAGCCAGCACGCAGACGCUCUUCCUGACCUUGCUCUUCCUUGCGGAAUAAACAGCAGGGGCUGUUACAGGAGUUACAUUGCUGUGAAGGAAUGUCAGGGUGACUGGCUGAAGAUAGUGGGAUGGGACAGGGUGGGUAGGCGGGGGGGGGGGGAACUGUAGCAGCAUCAGAUUGCCUUUCUGCUGGUUCUCAGUCACACACACCCUGCCCCCAGUGGUGUGGGAGGCAAGCGCUCUCUUGGCAGUGAAAACUCUGCUCUACUCAAGGAGAACGACGGGAGGAAAGGAAUCUGAGAAAAUUGGGGGGGAGAGAGAGAAAGAGAGAGAGAGAGAGAAUGAAAUGCCAUCCAUCUUGAUUUCACUCCCUUUAAGGAGAUUCCUGGUUUCCACCUUCUCUUUCUCUGCACCCUCCCACCCCAGGAUGAGUAGGUAGGGGUUUGAGAACAAAAAUGGGUAAGGAUGCCUGGAAGGUAUAGAAGCAAACGUGGCAAAAGCUUUAAAAAACAAAGGACACCUGCCCACCCCUCAGCCACUUUGGAUCAUCAGAAUCAAAGCCAGUGUAGUGUAGUAGUUAGAGCAGGGGGUGUGGCAGGAGAGGGUGGCAAGUAUGGGAGGAAGAACCAAAGACAAUCAAAGAAGCAUAUACCGUAUUUUUUGCUCUAUAAGACUCACUUUUUCCCUCCUAAAAAGUAAGGGGAAAUGUGUGUGUGUCUUAUGGAGCGAAUGCAGGCUGCGCAGCUAUCCCAGAAUCCAGAACAGCAAGAGGGAUUGCUGCUUUCACUGCGCAGCGAUCCCUCUUGCUGUUCUGGCUUCUGAGAUGCAGAAUAUUUUUUUUCUUGUUUUCCUCCUCCAAAAACUAGGUGCGUCUUGUGGUCUGGUGCGUCUUAUAGAGUGAAAAAUACGGUAAAUAUUUCCGUAUUUGUAGUUUCUCUAUCUAUCUAUCAUCUAUCUAUCUAUCUAUCUAUCUAUAUCAUCUAAUUUGCAGAAUAUAGAUAGAUAUCUUUUCAAAAAAGAUAUCACCGUAUAACCUAAAUAACAGGGUUGUUGUGGGGAUUAGAUGAGGAGAGGGACAACCAUGUACCCCACCUUGAAUUCCUUUGGAGAAAAAGGUGUGGUAUUAAUGCAACAGACAGACAGACAGACAAAAAAGGCAGCCCACAAAAAAGAAGCAACAACGCUUUCACCAGCCUGGCGCCCCUCUGCCAGCUUGGCUAUAUGGGUUUGGGUCUGGUAAAAGUACAGCCCUUCUGGCUGGAGCUGAUGUGGGCUGUAGUCCAAAGCACCUGGAGGGCGCCAGUCUGGGGAAACUGGCCUUCCAUCCAAAGACGCUGGGCUGUACCUUUCGUCAAGCCUGCAGGGGAGGGGCAGGAAGCAUUGGGCAAGAAUGGUUCUCAAUGCCCUUUUGUUGUCCAAGCUUGGUGCAGCAGGAGGGCACGGAGCUAUUUUUAAAGCGGAUGUUAUCACUAUGUUUCAAAUACCUGAAUGCCCUUUGCAGAGACGAAGGCAAGGACUUGUGAUAUGGCCCCAGAAGGAAGGUCUAUGGUGGAACUUCAACUAGAGGAGAGUUGAUUGUUCUUGACUAUUAGGAGGAACAAGUGGAACCAAUUUACAUGGGACAGGGGGUUUCAGGCUGAGUCUGAACGGACAUUUGUUAGGGAUUAUCCAGCACUGGAUUUAUUCAACUCUCUCGAUUCUGUGGCCAAACUUUGCAUCUGUCAUAGGAAUGGAAAGUGUGUGUGAAUGUGAGAGGGGGGUGGGGGUCAUCCAAACCCUAGAACUUGGGGGGAGGAGGAGAGGGCAUUGUUCCUUGAUGCUGCUCUUUGACCAUUGUGUAGUUAGACUUGCAACAUGAUGAUUAAAAAUAUUUGCAUAUCUGACAUCUCAGACGAGGCAAUUGCUGUUUGGAUGGGAGGCAAACAGCAUUUUUAAACGAAUGUGUCCAAAAAUAUUCAGACCCACAAGCUUAAAUUUGGCUGAAACGUAGCGUGAUCUGGCAAUGGCAAGAGAAGGUGUCCUUUUGUAGGGCCACCUCCUCCCUGGUGACUGAAGCAUGCUGUGUGUAGACACCUGGCCAUAGCAUGGUCCGACAUCCAUAUGCCACCCAGUCACACUUUGCAUGCCCCCACAACAAACAUGAGGUUGUGGCCACGGACAUUUGGCCGGCAUGGGCUGAGCCUUCUUUGGCAAGAUGGGAUGCAAGGAAGUUUGCUGAAUGUUCGACAGCUCUUGAUCCACCAGAUUAGGGGGCCUGCACAUUCCUUGUGGAUUAAGCGUAGCCAUGACUGCUGUGAAGCAGAACUCUGCCAGAAACUAGGAUUAGGUGGACUGGCAGGUGCCAGCGCUGAGAUGUAUGCUCAGACCUGAUGCUAAACCACAGCAGCUCUUGAUGCCAGAGACAGGGCAGCCUACAUCAGAAACCCUCUUAUAGUUUGUGGGCCUUCCCCCAAGCCUGCAAAUAGCUGUUUCUGUGCAGCUCCUUAGCUGCCCACUUCUUAGGCUCACUAUGUCUGUAGAAGCAUCUAAAUGGUUGCUGCCUUGCAAUGGGUAACCAAAACCUCAGGAAGUGUUUCUAGAAAGAACAGAGACCUAUUUACCCACCUGAUUCCCAGUAUUGGUUGCGACACUGGUUGCGACACUUGUUCAGUCAUGGUGGAGAUUAGAUGUUGAUGUAUGUUAUUGUAUCAUCAUCAUCAUCGUUAUUUCCUGCCUUUUCCCCAAGAUUGGGACUCAAGGCAUCUUACAGAUAAAAUAGAAGCAGCUAAAAAUGUAAAAAGAAAAGCAAUAAUGAAGAAGCAAUUAAACACAGACACUCAAGCACGCAAAUUCACAUAUAAUGCAUUGGGCAGUUUUGUCUUUCAUACACUGCUUUAAUAUUCUUAAUGACUGCUUAGACAAAAGCACUAUUUUUAAAGAAACAGUAACAAAACUCAUUGAUUUAUAAGAUUUUUAUUCUGCUUUCUCAGUAAAAUGUGGCAGAUUGCAAAGUGGCAAACAUAAAUACUAAACAACACUCAGUGAGCAAUACCAGAAGAACUCACUGUUUAAAAACUCAAUAAACUUAAAAAUAGCCAGCAUAUGAAAAGAGCCGGCUUAGAACCCACAUAAAACCACAACAUAAGCAAACAGAUGUUGCACCAGAGUCUCUGCAGACCAAUUAAAACAUUUCCAUAAAACAGCCAAGACUUAGGGCUCAUCCACAAUUCCACUUGUCCUGCCGCUUUGCCAUGGGAAAACCCACUGUUUACCUCUGAAUCGCAACAAAUAUCAAUUAAGUUUUCUCCACAUUGAUGUUUGCUCUGAUUCAGUGCUAAAGAGAAGAUUUUCCGGGGGAAAGCAGAGAGGCAAGGGCGGAGCCUACAAAGGACAGGACAAGCAGAAAACUGCUCAGACACAUGCUUCCUAGACAACAUGCGGAAGUGUGGACAAGCCCUUAGUGUGUUUUCAAGACUAUCUUAAAGUUUGGCCAGGGUGCAUCUUGCCUCCUUAUUGAGUUGGGGGUUCAGAGGGAAAAUAUGACAUAGUCAGGCCUUGAAAAGAAACCUCACUUUAUUGCAACAUCACUAGACUUGGGGGAAAGUUCCACGCAGCAGCUACAACCGGGAGAAAACUACAGGAGCCCAAUCAGGCCCCAAAGCACCCACUUAACUCCUACGCAACUCCCAUCUCAUUUGGAGUUUAUGGGGGGCAUCCUCACUACUGGAUGGACAUCCCUCCUGGCAGCAGAGAGGUCCAUGCUGGGGUUUCCAGUGCACUCAGACUGGAGGCACCACCCACACAUAGCAUGUAGGUGUGGCUCCCUGGAUUUCACCCCUGCAACAACUUGAGCAGGUCAAUCCUCUCUUGGGCUCAGUUUCCCACCUUUGAAGUUGGAGGUGAUGGCACAGUGCUGAGCUGGCUUGGCCAUCGAAGGGGCAUUAGAACUUUGCUCUGGAGGAAGGGUCCUAGUUCAGUGGUGUCAGAUGCUGGUGUGGUUGCUCGAGAGUAAACAGCCAAGACUCCGACCUGUCUUUUCCAGGCUUUAUUCUUGGUGCAAACUAUUUACAGUGAAGAGCGUCGUAAGUUCAUGUCUGGCUCAAUCGCUAGCAGAAUCUGGGAGUGGUCGGUCUUUGUACCUCCCCCAGCAUAAAAGUCGCGUCACCCCCAGCCUUUUCUGCCCCUCCCUGUGCCGAAGACUACUGCGCAGAUUGGGCGCUGGCAAGGGCGUACUUCCCGCCUCUCUGGUUUGCUCAGGCUUGGUGUUGAGGAUCUCCCUAGCAUCCCCUGGUCCCUGCACCUCCUCCCCACUGGAGGUGGGGCUUUCCUCCUCCCCAGAAGAGGAACUGCUUUGUAAGAUUUUCGGAGGCUCCCUAUAACACAACUGCCCUUCCAUCUCUCGCCUCUGAGCUGAUGGCAGUUCCCUAACAAGUGGCACAGCACCUGCCGCCAGAUUCAAUCCCUGGCCUCUCCUGUGGGGUGGGGUGGGAAAGGACUUCUGCCUGAGACUCUGCAGAAAGUCACUGCCAGUCAGAGUAAACAAUACUGAUCUAGAUGAGGCAGUGGUCUCACCCAGCAUAAAGGCAGCUUCCUAUGUUCCUCAGACUUGUUGGGCUUCUGUUCUCCUGUAAAGUGAACAAGGAAGUAAAAGUUCCAAAGCACUGGAAAAUUUAAGAGUGUGGCAUGUAAAUCUUCCUGUCAAUUCACCAUUCUUUCUUCUGCUCUUCCAACCAAGGUGUGAACUGUGAAGUGGAGGUUGAUGAAUGUGAGUCGGGCCCUUGCUGGAAUGGUGGCACCUGCAGUGACCAUAUUGGGUUCUUCACCUGCUCGUGUACACCUGGGUAUGAGGGAGCACAGUGUGAGGUGGACAUCAAUGAGUGCCAGAGCCACCCGUGUCUCAAUGAGGGAAGGUGCCUCGACCUCAUCAACAGGUGAGUGGCUCUGGCUUCACCCAGCAGGAUUUGAUAUGGCUCCCGUUAUCUCCCAACCUUGCCCCCACCAGCUUAUCUACAGUAUAUACCAUGUUUUCCACAGAUGCAUUUGUGGCUAAACUGCGUUUGCAGAAAAGAAGCUGUCUAAACUCAAGAGUACAGUAUAAUACUAAUUCUUAGUAUUGCCACUGCAACACUAACAAAUCUACAAUUCAUUUAAAAUACAGCAGAAGAAAGUUAACUGAGUGUAAAGCUUACCGUUAGAUCAACUGAUGACACUCAAAAGUUGCCCCCAGAGCUGAAGGUAUUAUUCUGGGAUGUUGUCAAUUGGGAAAUAAAAAUUGCUCCAUGAUAGAGCACCUGCUUUCCGUGUAAAAGGUCCCAAGUUUAACCCAUGAAAUUUCCAGGUAGGUUUGGGAAAGACUUCUGUCUGAAGCGCCAAACAGCUGCUUCUUGUCAUUGCAGAUCAUUCUGAGCUAGAAGGUGCCCAGUGGUCUGACCUAGAAUUAUAGGAUGGUAGAGCUGGAGGGGACCCCAAGGGUCAUGUAGUCCAGCCCCCUGCAAUAUAAGUAAAAUGCAGUACAAGGCAAUAUUCAGACCCCCCUUUUUAUACCUAGACUCAAAGCCCAGUAACGUGUCACUGGUCAUCUGCCAGACCUCCACCAUGAAGGUUCCUGCAGCAGGAGGGUGGGGCAUGGAAGGCAGAAUCUAACACCCCCUGGGGGAAGAUGCCAUCUCUUAUUCUUAUUUUUAUUUCCAAGAGAUCUAGAUGGUCAUCUGAUUUGUGCACAGAUAGAAUUACCGUAUUUUUCGCUCUAUAAGACGUACCAGACCACAAGACUCACCUAGUUUUUGGAAGAGGAAAAUAUUCUGAAUCUCAGAAGCCAGAACAGCAAGAGGGAUCGCUGCGCAGUGAAAGCAGCAAUACCUCUUGCUGUUCUGGCUUCUGGGAUAGCUGCACAGCCUGCAUUCGCUCCAUAAAAUGUACACACAUUUCCCCUUACUUUUUAGGAGGGAAAAAGUGAGUCUUAUAGUGCAAAAAAUACGGUACUUGCCUUACCUGCUUUUGAUGCAGAUGAUUCUGGAGUAGGGACCAUUUUUAUUCUCACAUAACACAUCAGAAGAACUUUCUCAAACAGUAGACAUAUAUGAGGAACCCCCUAACAUAAAUGAAUUCCAGUCUUCAGGGGGAGAAUGACAUAGUUCACCACCUCCAGCAGAACAGGGAGGCUUUGGGAGACCCUGAGGUUUGCACGCGGGUGGUGCUGUGGGUUAAACCACAGAGCCUAGGACUUGCCGAUCAGAAGGUCAGUAGUUUGAAUCCCCGUGACGGGGUGAGUUCCCGUUGCUCGGUCCCUGCUUCUGCCAACCUAGCAGUUCCAAAGCACGUCAAAGUGCAAAUAGAUAAAUAGGUACCGCUCCAGCGGGAAGGUAAACGGCGUUUCCGUGCGCUGCUCUGGUUCGCCAGAAGCAGCUUAGUCAUGCUGACCACAUGACCCGGAAGCUGUACGCCGGCUCCCUCGGCCAAUAAAGCGAGAUGAGCGCCGCAAUCCCAGAGUCGGCCACGACUGGACCUAAUGGUCAGGGGUCCCUUUACCUUUAAGGUUUGCAGUAGUACAAAGGUGAUGGUGUGGAAAUCACUCUGAAGGGCCUAAUGGGGGCUGAGCUUGUUCGAGGUCUGUGGAAUAUUGAAUGAUUCUCUGUGGGGUGGCGGUGGGGGAGAGAGAAGGGGAAGCUGGGCAGGAGGAGGCUGGGAGGGAAUGCAUGGACUCCUCAACAGCAACAGUCUAUGCUGUGAUAUUUUGUGGCAAGUAAGGAUGGAGGGAAAUUCAAUUCAGUUCUCAUUUAUAGGUGAAACUCCCUAAUUCACACUUUCCAGUACAAUUUGCAAACUGAAGUUCACAGUAAUGUGAGCAAGAAUGCUUAUGCUUUGGAUAAGUGUGCCUAUCAAUGCAUAUAUUACUGAAAAUAGUAUUAAAAAUAUGUGUUAUUAAGGGUAACUUUAAUUUUGCUUUGCAAAAAUGUAUGUUGUGGGCAAAAUUCUAUUCAAAAAUAGGUACAGUAGGAGAAAUCUGAACCAAAUGCUGAUGAAAUUUCAUGAAGACCUUUUAAAAAAAUACAGCAAAUUAAAUAAAUCUCAAACUGAUGUGGAGAUGUGGAUAACUGAAUUUCAGGCUGGAAAAUUAAGAAAUGGAGAGAAACAAAAAUGGGCAGGGACUCCCCUCCCUCGUUGCAAGGCCCACUUUAUUUGUAAUGACGACCACAACUAUUUACUCCUGAGUUCUCAUGAACUGAAGUGUGGAAUUGCAUGAUGUAGAAGACAUAAGAACCUAAAAAGACCCUGCUGGGUCAGGCCAGUGGCCCAUCUAGCCCAACAUCCUGUUCACAGUGGCCAUCCAGAUGUUGCAAUGGGAAACCUGCAAGCAGGAUCUGAGCACAAGAGCAACACUCUCCCCUCGUGUGGUUUCCAGCAACUGGUAUUCACAAGCAUUGCUGUCUUCGUUGUGGAGGCAAAGCAGACUCAUUGUGGCCAGUAGCCACCAAUAGCCCUCUCCUCCAUGAAUUUGUCCAUCCAAGUUGGUGGCCAUCCCUGCCUCCUGUGCGAGGGAGUUCCAUAGUUCAGCUGCAUGAAUAUCUACUUCCUUUCAUCUGUCCAGAAUCUUCCAACAAUUCCCGAAAAGGGUCUUUCUCCAUGGGUGGUGGCAAAGGCUCCCUAACCAUGAAUCAUGGCUCUGUGCUGUUGUUCUUCCUCAGCUACCAGUGUGACUGCCUCAACACGGGCUUUGAAGGGCAGCAUUGUGAGCUGGAUAUCUUGGAAUGUGCCUCCCAGCCUUGCCAGAAUGGUGGUACCUGCCUGGAAGGGGUUGGAUGCUACAGCUGUGUUUGCUGGCCAGGUACGUGAAGUCUUUAUGUUGUUCUCCUAUAGUCCAAAAGCUUUUUUCCCGUCACAAAGUGAAGUCAACAUGUCCCUAUGACUUUCAGCCCAGCAGUAAACUCAUCCCCAAUCCUGUGAGAAUCUGACAAUGUACCUCCAGGCUCAACUAACUUUGCAAAAGCUUUCCCAGGCUCUGUUGCAUUUAUUCAUUAUCCUAAUCUUCCCCCAGAAGUCAGCUUGAAAUCAUCACACAUGAUACAGGGCUCUGGGUCCUUUUCUCCGUUCUGCCUGGACACUGAGGUCCAGCUCCGAGGGCCUUCUGGCGGUUCCCUCACUGUGAGAAGCCAAGUUACAGGGAACCAGGCAGAGGGCCUUCUUGGUGGUGGUGCCCGCCCUGUGGAAUGCCCUCCCACCAGUUGUCAAAGAGAAAAAUAACUACCAAACUUUUAGAAGACAUCUAAAGGCAGCCCUGUUUAGGGAAGCUUUUAAUGUUUAAUAGGUUAUUGUAUUUUAGUGUUCUGUUGGAAGCUGCCCAGAGUGGCUGGGGAAACCCAGCCAGAUCGGCAGAGUAUAAAUUAUUAUUAUUAUUAUUAUUAUUGGAAAAUAUUUUAUUAAGACCUUCAUAGUACGUUAUGAUACAAAGCAAACUUAUUUAAACAAAAACAAAAACAAAAACAGAGAAAGAAGCAAAAAAGAAAUAUGAAGUCCUCUUUCACAGGUAAAUCUUAACUUGUCCCACACAGAGAGAGCUGAACCCUCCCAGCUCUCACCUCUUGCUUCCCCCAUCCUUCCACCCUGGGAGAUCUUCACCUCCCUACGUGCAGGGUCAACUGCUACAUCCAUCACCUUCAUCUGCAUGUUAACCCCUCCUUAAGCCUGAGUAGAGGACAACACAAAACAUUACAAAAUCAAAGCUGAGCGAAACUAAAACCAAAACAGAAAAAGGAAAAGGAAACAGAACAAAAGAUAAGGAUAUUUAAAGGAAAUAAUGAAGGGGUAUAAAAGGGGGAAAAUAUGGUGUGUGUUUUUAAAAAAAGAAAUAAGUAAAAAGGACUUCCUAUUAUCCCUCUGCCAAUUAUAUAUACAAGAGUUCUUCAAAACAGCUGAAUGCUCAAUCCAGCUGAUCCUCCCUCUGCCAGGCGAUGUUUUCCAGUCUUCUGACUGGGCAUCUCAGGUUUAUUAAUUUUUCUUUUGAGGCAAGGAGUCCAAAAGAGGUUCUCUAAUUAUUAUUAUUAUGGAUAAAAGUCAACAAUAGUCUUCCUCCAAUCCAACAUCACAGCUUUACCUGCAAGAUUGAGAAACAUUCCGUCCUUGUUCUUUAUUCCCUCAAGAGUUUAUUUACUGUUGUCAUGUAUUAAGACAAUGAUCCAUAAUUAUUUACUUAUUGUAAAGUCAUUAAUUCACACCCAGAUCCAUAUCUUCCAAAUGCAUUUCCUGUUGGCCAUGGUUUUUCAUCCAUAUAUAUAUAUAUAUGUAUGUGUGUGUGUGUGUGUGUGUGUACACACACACACACACACGGUUUCCAUUUCCUCAUUUGCCAUUCCUUUCCCUAAAGUGUUGCAAGAGGCUUAAUAGCUUUUUCUUCUAAAUUCAAUCCAAAUUGAAUGUAGAAUCCUUUCUUUCUCAACUGCCAGCUCAGGAUAUUUCUUAGUCUCUCCAUCCCUGGAUACCUUCCCCUCCUCCAGCAUUUAGCUGUCUCACUCCUUCAGGCAUCUGUAUAGAGGUCCUCUCAAUUUCAUCAUCUAUUGCCUCUAACUUUACCAUUCCAUUCUCCUCUUUCGGCAAUUCUCCAUCAGUAUUCCCCCCUGCCCCCAAGUACUCUGUAACUUAUCUGGCCUCAGCUUUGUCCAGGGCAUUUUUGUUAAUCAUUUUACACAUCUCUGCUCUAAUUUCUUCCAAUUGUUCAUCAAAUAAUUUCUGUACAACAGUGAUAGUCAAUAGGGUAUUUUUCAGCACUUUCACUACCCUGAGUACUCUCUCAGAAAUCCACACACUUCUUGUUUAUCUGAGAUUGCGUGUCUCAAAUUCCCACAGCAGGCAACCAUGUAGUUUCACAUUAUAAACAGCACAUUCACCAGUGAGAUGGAGAAUUAGGAAUAGAGCACAAUGUGAUAAAAAUUUCUCAGAGCUGGAGAAUCUCUUAGCUGUUUGAAAAACUUCAUUCAGUAUGUAUGUUAAGAGCACUCUUCUUACUUUAUUAAUUUUUAGCCCCUUAAUGAUUUCUCCUCGUAAGCCAACCGCCGGGUCGUAUUUCAAAUGAACAUUUUAACUGACAGUGAGAUAGUCUUAGUAGUAAUUUAUAGGAGUUUCAAAAACCAAAAAAUUGGUUUUGCUGGUCAUUGCCCUAAGGACUGACCUCUAGGGCUAUUAUGUGGUAUUUGGGCAAAGUUAUGGUUCCUCCAAGGGACGUGGGUGGCGCUGUGGGAUAAACCACAGAGCCUAGGACUUGCUGAUCAGAAGGUCGGCGGUUCGAAUCCCUGCAACGAGGUGAGCUCCCAUUGCUCCGUCCCUGCUCCUGCCAACCUAGCAGUUUGAAAGCACGUCCAAGUGCAAGUAGAUCAAUAGGUACUGCUCUGGCGGGAAGGUAAACGGCGUUUCCGUGCGCUGCUCUGGUUCGCCAGAAGCGGAUUAGUCCUGCUGGCCACAUGACCCUGUAUGCCAGCUUCCUCGGCCAAUAAAGCGAGGCAAUAAAGCCAAUUUACCUUUACCUUUAUGGUUCUUCCACUCUUUGGUCACUGUCUGUGUUCCUCGUAGGUUUAUUGGUUCCAUGGUGGGGAGUUAUCCUUCCAGAGAUUUGGAAGUUAAUCCCUGUUAUCUCUGUUCAUCAGAGAUAAUACAAUAGACAGUAGCUAUCGUUAAUCACCUCAAUUAUCUCAGCAAGGGUGACUGACCUUCCAUGCUGCCUUCCCAGAAAUCUGGCUCUGGGUCCUGAAUAGUGAUUUGGGAGCAGGAGAGCGAGAUUUGGUUUUGUUUGCAUUACUGCAGACCAUUUAAUGCUCAGGUCUCAAUACAAUAUUUGAAACGAAAUACAGCUUUGAAAUCUGCGCUUCUCCAAAAUUCAUGAUGCAGUUCUUCAAUGCCUGCCUCCAAAACAGUAUAUAUUGGGGAAAAGUGUGGAUAAAAUAUUGGUGAAAAUUAACAUAUGCAUUGUAAUAGGGAAUUAGGGGACAUUUAAAACAUUUUUUUAAUAGUUGUGUUUUUUUAAGUUGAAAACUGAUGCAACAAUAUGGUGAAGAUGGCUAAAACGAGAAGCCAGGAGAAACCAAAGUAGGCAGGUCCAUCCAUUCCUGGUUCUGAUUGCCAACAUAUCUUCUACGCAGCAGGAGUCCUUCUACAAUGCAGGCAGGGACGGGCGUCAUGCCAGUUCAUGCUGUGUGACUCCAUGAAUCUGUGUUCAGUGAUGUAUGUAACUUUUGCUCAGAGUAGACCCAUUAAGACAAAUGGGCCUACUCUUUGCAAUGGGUCUACUCUGAGUAGGACUAGUAUUGGCUACACCCCACCGACCUGCUCACAUCUUUCUCAGGAAUCUACAGAGAACGUAGUUCUGAGCUGGGAUGAGAGUGAGUGAGAGAGAAUGAAUGAAUGAAUUCUUCACAUGCACAUGAAAUUAUAAUUCCAGAAUUCUUUGAGGGAAGUCAUAAUGGAAGAACGGGUGAUGGUGAUGAGCACAUAACCAGGGGACUGGAAUGAAAGGUUCCCUAGUUUGGAAAGUCUCUACUCACUAUAAGCUGAGUGUGGAUACCUCCAAAUUCAGUCUGUGCCCCACCACCACCCAGAGGCAUACCUAGGCUCCCUUGCACCCUUGACAAGGAGCUGUAUUGGUGCCUCCAAAGCCAGAAGAGACCAUGAACCAGAAACUCAUUUUUUGUGUGCUUUUUUUUUAUAAAAUAUUUUUAUCAAAUAUUUCUUGCUUUACAAAAAUACGUGCAUUGUCUCUUUUUUCAAGUUGUGUUUUCUACAGAUCAGUUUCAUUUGUUAUGAGACAUUAAUGUUGCAUGCAGUAUUAGGCUAGGAGGAAAUGAGGGAGAAAGAGGGAGAGGGGGCAAUGGUGAGUGGGGUGGGGUCGGGUGGCAAUGCUUCUAUUCUUCUACUUAGUGUAUGUGUGGGGUUUUGUGUCAGCGUCACUUGUGUGGGUUUUCGCUUGUUGUAUUUCCUUGGUGGUGAGAGAGGUUGGGGUUGGCCUAGGGAGUGGUUGGUUGUCAUUGGUUUGCUGUAGUGAGAUUUGUUUUGUGUGUGUGAGUGGUGUGUGUGUGUGUGUGUGUUUGGAUCAGGUUAGCCAGAUUGAUUUGUAUGCUGUCGGCGGAUACUUGUUGUUGUCUUGUUGGGCUGGGUAUGUGAUAAAGAAGAACCAUGCCAGGGUGAAGGCGUCUUUUUCUAUUUGUCCCCGAGUCAGUUUCAGUUAGUUGUUGUUCUUUAGUCAUUUAGUUGUGUCCAACUCUUCGUGACCCCCUGGACCAGAGCACGCCAGGCCCUCCUGUCUUCCACUGCCCCCCGCAGUUUGGUCAGACUCAUGCUGGUAGCUUCGAGAACACUGUUCAGCCACCUCGUCCUCUGUCGUCCCCUUCUCCAUGUGCCCUCCAUCUUUCCCAACAUCAGGGUCUUUUCCAGGGAGUCUUCUCUUCUCAUGAGGUGGCCAAAGUCUUGGAGCCUCAGCUUCAGGAUCUGUCCUUCCAGCGAGCGCUCAGGGCUAAUUUCCUUCAGAAUGGAUCGGUUUGAUCUUCUUGCAGUCCAUGGGACUCUCAAGAGUCUCCUCCAGCACCAUAAUUCAAAAGCAUCAAAUCUUUGGCAAUCAGCCUUCUUUAUGGUCCAGCUCUCACUUACAUACAUCACUACUGGGAAAACCAUAGCUUUAACUAUAUGGACCUUUGUUGUCAAGGUGAUGUCUUUGCUUUUUUUAGAUGCUGUCUAGUUUUUCUCAUAAGGCUGUUUAAAAUUUUUGUUUUUCGUCACUUUUCGCUUUAUGUCAGUAACCAUCUGUGGCCAUUAGGGUUGGGUCUGUUCUAUUCUGCCUCUCCCCCCAUCUCUGUUGGUCCACCUGCCUGCCUACCUGCCUCCUCCACUCACUGUUUUCCCUUCUGUCUCCUUCUUCCUUCCUUUUUCCUCUACUUCAUCUUUCACUUGCUCUCUCCAUCUUUCUUUCCUCCAGCCCCACAGGGUGUUCUGCUUUCACUUCUAAGAUCACUGCCAGCCAACUGGGGAGAGGGCCCCUCAGGGCCACUGUGGUGGCCUCAACCAGUGACCAGAUUCCUCUGCUGAGUAAGGAGUCCAGAGGAGCCUAUGCACUCACUUGGCUGCACAGAACAGCAGAGGAGUGGCCAGGGAGUACACGGGCGGGCAGGCUCCUAGCCCAAGCCAGAGUGAAGAGGCAUUGUUUCUGCACCCCCUGGGGCCUGGACCCUUGGCUGGGGCCAACCCGCCCAACCCCUAGGUAUGCCCCUGCCACCACCAUUGAGCAAAGCACCCCUGGGGAUAACUUGCUAGAGAAGGAAGAUGUCUUGUUGGCAUCUCUUUAGGUGGACAGAAUGACCCUGAGCAUGGAGUGUCUGGGUUAGAGCAGGGGUUGGCAACCGAAGGCCCAUGGGCCACAAGCGGCCCACGGGGGUCGUUUAACCGGCCCACGAGCUGCCCCCAAAAUGAGCCACCUGCUCGGUGAGUCCCUGUGUCCUGCGCUAAACCAGCACGGCGCAGGGACUCGCUUCCGUGGUGCUGGAAAUUGUGUCUGCGCAGGAGCCGGAAAUCACGGGCAUGUGCGCGAUCCGGCCCACGGAGGGAUCUCUGCUGGAGUGAACCGGCCCAGGUGAGAUAAACCUUGCCGACCCCUGGGUUAGGGGGUUCCUAGAUCUAGCCCAUUGCUUUGUGACAAAUGAGGCACACAUCAGCUCACCUGGCCUCCUGCCCCCUUUCCCUUUUUGUCACCAGGAUACGUAGGGGAACACUGUGAAGUUGAUGUAGACGAAUGUGCCGCCGUGCCCUGCCUCAAUGGGGGCCAGUGCUUUGAACGGUCCAAUCAGAGCUACUACGGAGAUCACAUAGACUUCCCCCUGCACUUCACCUACCAGGAAGCUGCUGGAUUCAUUUGCAGGUGCCAGCCAGGCUUUGAUGGUAAGUAAUACACUGCCAGGUGGAGCGCAUGUUUCGUUCUGAAUGCUCCAGAGGAGAUGCUUGAUCAAAGAGCUUUGUAAAUUCUGUGACCUGGGGCUCUGAGUGUGUGCAUCAUCUUGGCUUUACUUCUAUUUUGUAGUUUUUUAAAACUAAGUAAUUCACAGUGCGACACCACAGCUGAAAAUCAAGGGAAAGGAAUGAUGCAUUAAUGCACCCAUGCAAAGCAUCCAAAAAUAGACAAGGCACAAACAUAUUAACGAAAAGCACAUCAAAAACAAAACCAAGAGAUAAUUAAUCAGCCCCAAAUAAUGACAAUGCCAGAUUAUGAUGAUUUGCUGUCUACCGAUGAUGUGUUUUUGCUGCUGUGGUUUUUCCAUUUUAUCGGUUCUAUUUUAUAGGCUCUAACCGUUUAGUGCUUACUGUUGUAAUGCUUUGUUAUUUUUUCUGAUUCUACGUUAUUCUCUUAAAAUUUUAUAAAUCAUUUGGAAACUCUUAUGUGGCAAGUGACUAAUAAAUUGAAAUAACAACAACCACAACAACAAUGAAAAGGUGGAUCUAAAAAAUAGUUCACCCGUUGUAUAUUUGUCGUUAGUGAAACUUAACUGAAUUAUGUGUAGAUUAUUGAAUCAGUGAGAAAAUAGUUGGGACAUCUAACAUAAUUUCUUUUUGACAUGUUUGAAGGAGAGACUUGCUUCUUCAACAUUGAUGAAUGUACAUCCCAACCAUGUCAGAACGGAGGGAGCUGUGUGGAUCUGGUGAACAGCUAUCAGUGUCACUGCCUGCCAGGGUACUCAGGUAAGCAGGGCCCGCCCACAAGGUGAGGUGAACGCCACAGGAGCCAACUCCUUGGGGAUGUGGGGGCUUCAGACUCCACAAUAAAAUAUUUGAGGGGGCUGUCCCCCCAGGUUGUUGGGCAUUACCAUUCAAAAAGUGCGUGUGCUCUGCAUCAUGUCAUCAACUACAGUGGUAGCUCGGGAUGCAAACGGGAUCCAUUCCAGAGCCCCAUUUGCAUCCUGAAUAGAACGUAAGAUGCGACGGCGCGUCUGUGCGUUCGCGGGUUGCGUUUUGCUGCUUCCGUGCAUGUGCGUGACGUCAUUUUGAGCGUCUGCGCAUGCGCGAGCGGCGAAACCUGGAAGUAACGCGCUUCCAGGAGCACAACCCGAAAGCGCUCAACCUGAAGCACAUUCAACCCGAGGUAUGUGGGGCAGGGCUUACCUGGGCCCCCACAAUAUUUUAUUCAAGUUGGCACCCCUGGUGACCACCUUGAGCAGCGGCAGUCCCUGCUGCCUCCACCGGCAGCGGAGAAGCAGUGGUGGUAGGCAAUCUGGUUUCUGAUGAGAGCAAGAGCUCACCAAAAUCUCAUGAGACCUCGUGGAGGUAAGCUUCAGCAGUGGCGGGGCAGUGGGGUCUGGUGGUGCCAGUGUCAGCGCAGGGUGGCAUGUUCCCAUUUCGCCUCAAGCGGGUAAGGGUAAAAAUGGGCUUCUUAUUAUGAUGGCAUGUAAACAGCAGCAUAAGAUCCUCAGGCACCACCUGCCUGGAAUUUCCUGAGUUUCGGAGGGGUGUUUGUUAUGCACCCCUUUCAUCUGGCACCUUUAAAUUCCUGAGAAGAAAAUCCUGCACAGUGACCCAUUUAAUGAGCAUUCAGCCUGGGAAUCAAAUCAAAUCAAAUACCUUUAUUGGCAUCACAGUUUAAAACAUUUCAAGUCACUGGGAUGAUUUAAAGGACGGGGAUAAGCUACCAAGGGUAAUAAGGUCACACUGCGAGAAUUUAGGCUGAAUCUUAGCAUUUGGGGAAGUGGGUUUGCUUCACAAGAAACAUCCCUGGUCCUGAUUGGGGUAACUGUGCCCCUGAAGGACCAGGUGUGCUGCCUGCAGCUUGUGGACUCACAGCUGUCCAUGAAUCUCUGCUAGGCUUUGCAGUUGAAAUAUUGUGGUUCCUCAAAUACGGUACUAGAGAUUACUGUGCUUUAGCUUAAAAGUGGGAGGCCAGUGAUGAGCUACAGCCUCUCUUUCACUUUACUAAGAUUUAGCUGUAAAGAAUCUUCAUCAGUCUUUGUCCUGGACUAGCAACUCCUAAGCAACCUGCCCCCCUUUCAUCCUCACUCUUCAGUUUCAUGGAAUCCUGCAGCUAGUUUUGCAGUUCCUUCUGUCCUGGGUCUUCUAACAUGUUGUGAGUCUGCCAUCUUGUGGGAGGAAGAGAAAUAUGAAAGUCUGAAAGGAGUUGCUUGUUAGUUUCUCUAGGGCAGUAGCAACUUCUCCUAUUCCAGGCUUGCUUUGAGCUCAAUCAUUGCUCAGUCCAGGAAUGUGUAAAGGAAUUCUGAGAAAAAUGUGGGAAACCCACCAGCCAGCAAGGUAUCGGUGAAUAUUGUAGACCCUGUUUUGACACUACUAGGACACUCUGUAACUGACUACAGUGGUACCUCUAGAUACGAACGGGAUCUGUUCUGGAGCCCCGUCCGCAUCUAGAAGCAAACGUAACUAGCGAUGGCACAUCUGUGCACGCGCGCGUCAUUUUUCGCCGCUUCUGCGCAUGAACGUGAUGUGAUUUUGAGCGUCUGCACAUGUGCAAGCGGCAAAACCCGGAAGUAACACACUCCAUUACUUCCAGGUUGCCACGGAGCGCAACUCGAACGCGCUCAACUCGAAGCGUAUUCAACCCGGGGUAUGACUGUAUCUGUAACUGACUAAAAGGUGGCUAUCUACGAACACAGGAACUUCAGAGAGAGAUUGCAGUCCUUAGACCAUUGCAAUGCAUGAAGAGGUUUUAUGAUAACACUUGUGGACUGAAGCAGCACAAUAUUUUUUUUUUUAAUCACAUGCAAGUGCUAAUUGGCUUCCCAAUGCCAGAAUGUCUGUGUUAUCAACUAUUGGUUUGUGUGUUUGUGAACAGUCAUUAUUAAUAAGGGAAUGAUUGCUACCUGCAUUUUUUCUGCAUUCCCUUUCUUUCUAACCUCACUGUUUAUUCCCCCACCCCCACAACUUGUACUGUGUGUGUGUGUGUGUGUGUGUGUGUGUCUGUGUGUGUGUGUGUGUGCGCGCGCACGCCUGACUCUCAGAAUAAUACUUCAUGCAUCUGAUGAACUGUAGUCCACAAACACUUGUGCCACAUUGUCAGUAUUUAAAGGCCACAAUAUUCUGUGUUGCCUUCAAAAGGGGUUUGGACAGAUGGUUGGAUAAGGCCAUGAGUAGGCAAACUAAGGCCUGGGGGCUGGAUCCGGCCCAACUGACUUCUGGAUCCGACCCAUGGAUGGUCCGGGAAUCUCUGCAUGGAUCAGUGUGGGAAUUCUGAUCAUUCAGGCUGCACCAUUCCCCCCUCCCUCACACCAUGAUGGUGCCUCCUCCCCCCCUCCUCCUGGCUUCUCCCUGCCCUGCCUAGAGGAGGAAGGGGGCUAGGCUUUGUUGAGCUGCGGUUGGCUGAGCGCCAUUUUAAGCAGCGCCUCUCCGGAGCCAGGCCUUUCACACUGCUCAUUGUCCCUCCGCCACCGCCAGCCCCUGCCGCUCGCAAGGCACAGGUAAGCAGCAACUGGGGCUCGUCCGGUUCUGUGGAGAAGGGAGGGGAGAGUCGAUGUUUGUUCCUCCCCCCAAAAAUAUAGUCCAGCCCCCCACAAGGUCUGAGGGACAGUGGACUGGCCCCCUGCGGAAAAAGUUUGCUGACCCCUGCAUAAGGCUAUCCAUGCCUACUAGACCUGACAACUGCUUUAGUUUGAUUCUGCUGCAGCGCUCUUCUGACAGACUGCAGGGUCCUUUGUAGGAUUGUGAAGUGUCAUGCCUGUGAACAAUGUCCCAUUUUCCUCCUGCUUCUGAGUUCACCCCAGAACUUUGUAGUUGCAAGAGCUAGGAAGAAACAGGACUGGAGCUGUUUUCUCACAGUAAGGGCACUUCCAGCCUGGUAUUUAUUCUGGUGCUGCUGCUGCUGCUCAUGCACUUUCUUUGCAGCACCUGCCCAACUUCAUCAGCAUCAAAAUGCCAGUCUGUUUCUCUAUGCUAUCCUUUCCUCAGAAAGUAUAAUUAAGUUCAAACCCCCUGCCGCCAAUGACUUGUUUCCAAUAUUAAGCCCACUUCUGGAAGCACCCUGGAUUAGCCCACACCAAUGAGGCUGCCAUAUAUCUGGAUUUUCCUGGACGUUACUGGGAUUUCAAAGGUGGAAUUGACAUCCAGGAAACAACGCAACACAAUCAUGGGUGGCUUCCUUAAAAACAAGCUCAACAAUUUGGGGGUCUUCCUUAAAUAAACUUUUGGAAUGUCCUGGUUUUUACUUUAUGAAAUAUGGCAACCCUACCCACCAACCUGGUGUCCUCCAGAUGUUUUGAACUCUACAAAUCCCAUUAUUUAGCCCUAGCCUCAUUGUUGUUGUUUAGUCGUUUAGUCGUGUCCGACUCUUCGUGACCCCCUGGUCCAGAGCAUGCCAGGCACUCCUGUCUUCCACUGCCUCCCGCAGUUUGGUCAAACUCAUGCUGGUAGCUUCGAGAACACUGUCCAACCAUCUUGUCCCCUGUCGUCCCCUUCUCCUUGUGCCCUCCAUCUUUCCCAGCAUCAGGGUCUUUUCCAGGGAGUCUUCUCUUCUCAUGAGGUGGCCAAAGACUUGGAGCCUCAGCUUCAGGAUCUGUCCUUCCAGUGAGCACUCAGGGCUGAUUUCCUUCUGAAUGGAGAGGUUUGAUCUUCUUGCAGUCCAUGGGACUCUCAAGAGUCUCCUCCAGCACCAGAAUUCAAAAGCAUCAAUUCUUCGUUGAUCAGCCUUCUUUAUGGUCCAGCUCUCACUUCCAUACAUCAUACACACCCUACAUACAUACAUACCCUAGAUUAGCCCACACCAAUAGGGCUGCCAUAUAUCUGGAUUUUCCUGGACAUUACUGGGAUUUCAAAGGUGGAAUUGACGUCCAGGGAACAACACAAUCUUGGGUGGCUUCCUUAAAAACAAGCUCAACAAUUUGGGGGGUCUUCCUUAAAAAAACUUUUGGGAUGUCCUGGCUUUUACUUUAUGAAAUAUGGCAACCCUACCCACCAACCUGGUAUCCUCCAGAUGUUUUGAACUCUACAAAUCCCAUUUUUUAGCCCUAGCACCAUACAGCUGUGCUCUUUGGGGCUGAAGGGGAGUUGCAGUCUAAAACAUCUGAAAGACACCCGGUUGGUGAAGGCUGGACGAAUGCAAAGAUCCUGAGGGGCCACACCCAACAAGAGCUUCAGCAGUGACACAACAAUCCCAUGUCUGAGCUAGUAAUUUAUAUCAAUUUUUUUUUAAAAAAAAUUAAAGGUCCAAACAACGACAUGGCUGGUCUGCAUUAUUUAUAGGAAAAGUUGGCUCCCUCCAUUGCCCUUGGCUGGCCAGGAGUUCAGCCAUGUGUGCUGCUUAUAGCUCCUUUUUCUCAGUUCCUGGUUUUGAUCUGAGAGUGUUCUUAGGUUUUGUCACUGCAUGUGGGGUGCUUUCUUUUUUUGUGGGGUGGGGGAGGUUGAUGGUGAGGAUCAGAGUCCAGGGAGUGCUUUUGUUUGGCCCAUGGAGCCCAUUGCCUUGUAUAUGUGGUGGGGGGGUGGAGGGGUCAGCUUAGCCCAGGGGCCUGGCUGCAAACUCAUUCUGCAUCCUUGCAAGCUCAGUGUGAGAGUUUGUGGAGGAGCGAAGCUGACAGGGAAAUAAUAGCUAUUAAUCUCUCCUGCUUUGUCAAUUAAUCCCAGUCUGGUCCUGCUGGGUAAACAGCUUAUUACUUCACAUUAGGAUCACGGAGCAGCCUUUGAAAGCUUCCCACAACAGUUCCUGAUGUGCCUUUCUGUGGCAGCUCUGCCCUGCCUUGCGGUGGGGUUUUUCCUUUCUCUCAAGAAGCCCCUGGGAUGAGUGGCUGCUGCCAGCCUGAUCUGGGUCCCUGAGUCUCCCCCAUCUGAAGCCCUCACCCCUUUUCUGAAGCAGGGCUGAGUUAAGGGAUGGAGUCAGCAGGAGCCGACCUGCCUGCUUGUUGACAGCUUAGCCUGCGCUGCGAAUGGACUUCUGCUGAGAGGGGAGGAGGUGAGCAGGUAGAGGAAGCCCCUUUCGCAGCCCCUUUGCCAGAACAACCAGAGGACAGUUUAGGGGUCUGGAGGGAAGGAACCAGGGAAGGAGGGGUACACCCAAAGCUGCGUCCCCGGAGUACAGAUCCAAACUAUACAUUCAAAGCACAUGACAUAUCUCCCUACCUACUGGUGAAACUUGAAAAAUUAGAAUAUUGUGGAAAAGUUCCUUUCUUUCACUAAUUCCACUUAAAAGGUGAAACUAAUAUAUGAGAUUGACUCGUGACAUGCAAAGCGAGAUAGGUUAAGCCUUGAUUUGUUAUCAUUGCGAUGAUCAUGGCGUACAGCUGACGAAAACCCCAAAUUGACCAUCUCAGAAAAUUAGAAUAUUCAAGGAAAUCAUCAAAACAAGGAUUGCAAAUGGAGCAAGACUGGACCUCUGAGAAGUAGAAGCAGAUCUCGCUUUGCAUGUCAUGAGUCGAUCUCAUAUGUUAGUUUCACCUUUUAAGUUGAAUUACUGAAAUAAAGGAACUUUUUCAUGAUAUUCUAAUUUUUAAAGUUUCACCUGUAUAGAACUCUGGGAAUGGCAGCUCUGUGAGGGUGGAACAGUUGCCAGGAUUCAGGUGUGUGUGUAAGUCAUAUGCUCUGGAUGUAUGGUGUGGAUCUGCUCUCAUUUCUGCACUCCUGCUAGUUCCUUGCAUCUAAAAUGACUGAUGUUGUGGUUUCCUUCACAGCAUAUGGCGUGGCUCACUUGCUUGAGUUGUCUGGCAGUGUUGCUCUUUGCCUGUGUUGCAGUCAGAUCUGUGGGGGGGGGUUUGGUGGUCAGUUUAGCUCUCUUUUGUUAGAGCAGUGGUGUGGGGGGGGGUGGCUUCAGCCCUCAGACAUUAUUAGCCCCACCAGACCAUUUUGGCCAGGCUGCAUCCAGCUGCCCUACAUACCUGACCUCAUUUUUAAAGGUAAAUAUGCUGUUGGACUGAAAGGGAGCUUGCAGGUCCCCAUGGAAAGCCCCAUCCAAGGGGGCCCACAAAUUGCUAUCCCUUUUCAAGCACCAGUUUGUUUACAGGGAGCAGCAGACGUUUCCCUCAGGGAAGAAGAGCUUGUGGGACAAUAACAUGGGGGGGACGACCCGCCAGCAUAGUCUGCAACCUCUCUGGUUUCACGUCAACAGAAGACUGAGGUGCAUCACCUGCGCUUGCUCUGUAGCCCCCCACAAGAUGGCUUCCAGGUGAUAUACUGGGGCUUCACUGGCAUUUGAGCAUUUAAAGGUCACUCUUGUGAAUUGGUAUUUGCUGCGGCCAGGAUGUUGCUAGUUUAUUUUAUUCUUUUCUGGCUUUUUAAAUAAAAGAAAUCAAGGCUCUGGCUUGAACAAGUUUCUCUCUAGGAACACAGAACGGUGCCUUACACUGAGUCAGGCCGUCCAUCCAUCUGGAAUCUCCCCCAGGCCACCUGGAGAUUCCAGCAGGUGUGUUGAAUGGGGGGUCUUCUGCAUGCAGUGCAGGUGCUCUACCCACUGAGCGACUCUGCUUCAGUUAUCUUCUCAGGGUGUUGUGAACUUUGACACAAAACAGUUUGUGGGACCUUCUGCUGCUGCCUUUCCUCACUUGUCGUAUCCCUCUUAACAUGCUAAAGCCAUUAAUAACUGUGGAGCCUAUUUGAGGAGCAGGAGGAAGAGAAAGCCCACCCUGCUAUGCUCAGAUGGUCACUGCUGUCUUCUCUCCAGCGGGGAAGUCACCAGGCAAGUGUGAGCUGAGUGGCCAAAAGGAAGGGCGUGCUUUUCAUGUGAAGCAGAGUCCGCAGCAAAGCAGUUUGUGCCAGCCCCUCUGAAACCAUUGUUUUCCUAGCCAAUGGGCUGAAUUCCGAGACACCCCCUGUUGCCCAGGGGAUGCCUACGCUUUCCUUCCCAAGCAAGUAAGAUUCAGACCCAGGCAUGCACCAGAGAGGGAGGGAGCGUGGGUCACACGUCAGAAGAGAGGGUGUUUCUUUACACCAUGUCUCAGCCCUGGUUCAUCUCGCUCAGUGCCGUCUGGCACUGACUGGCAGCUCCAGGGUUUCAGGCAGGGAGUCUCCGCCAGCCCUGCCUGGAGAUGCCACUGGGGAUUGAAUCCAGGACAUUUUGCAUGCACUCUGCCACUAGGGUACGACCCUUCCCUGACAACAACAGGGGAAGCUGCCUCACACUGAUUCAGGCCACUGGUCUGUCAAGCACAUGGAGGGAUGCCUCAGACCAGCUUUUAUUUUCUGUAGUUUGGUUUAUUUUUGCAUUGUAUUUUAAGUCGCUUUGUGUUUACUUUUUUGGUAAAAGCGUGUGUGUGUGUGGAUGUGUGUGACACACAAGUUGUUGGUAUCUGUCUGUCUUGAGAGACAAUGGAGUGUGCCUCUCAGGGUGAACUCAAACCACUGUGUUAGUGACACUGAAGUGACCUCCACAGGGACACAAGCCUGGGCAGUGUGUUUUGAGGUCCUGGGCAGCCCAGACGACAAGACCCCCCUCUUGGCCUCACUGAUGGGGUCCAAAGGAAAGCAGAGCAAGAUGAUUGGCACCAGGAGUUGCUGGAAGGAAGCAUCCUUACGGACUCUGCUCCAGAUUUCUGUUGUGUUUACUCCUUAGCCUUUUCAUCUCCCAAAGAUGUCCCACAAGGCAGUGGAGGUUUAGCAUUAGAGUUUUCCUGUCUCCUAGGUGGCUCCUCACUUCCUUCUGCAGCACUUGUUGGGUGUAGGUCCAGUUGCGGACGACUCUGGGGUUGCGGCGCUCAUCUCGCUUUACUGGCCGAGGGAGCCGGCGUACAGCUUCCGGGUCAUGUGGCCAGCCUGACUAAGCCGCUUCUGGCGAACCAGAGCAGCAGACGGAAACGCUGUUUACCCUCCCGUCAGAGCGGUACCUAUUUAUCUACUUGCACUUUGACGUCCUUUCGAACUGCUAGGUUGGCAGGAGCAGGGACUGAGCAACAGGAGCUCACCCCGUUGUGGGGAUUCGAACCGCCGACCUUCUGAUCGGCAAGUCCUACGCUCUGUGGUUUAACCCACAGCACCACCCGCGUCCCAACUAAUACAAGUACAAUGAAUAACUAUAGUACAAUGGCUGGCGGAAGUUCUCCCAGAAUUUCAGGCAAGGCUCCUUCUCACCCGUACCUGGAAAUCCCAUUGGGAGUUGAACAUGGGAUGGUCUGCAUGAAAAGCAGACACUUUACCCAUGAGCUGUGGCCAGACACUCCUGCACACCACAACCCCUCUCUCUUGCCACCCCCCAGCCCCGCCUUGCCCUGCAGGGGAGGUCGCAAGCAAACAUUCUUGUCAGCAGUGAUAGGAGCCAGCUGGGGAGGUUUAGAGCUGAGAUGGAUUAGGUGGUUGUGUGCUGGCAGGCUUCCUCUCCAAUCCCUUUCCUCCUGCCUGGGACCCAGGAGUGUGCACGCUGCUCUCCCAGCCCAGCUGAGCACUGGCCCCCCUCCUGGCUUCUCCUCCUGAGACCCGCCUGCCUUCCCAUGUCAGCAAGGGAGCAGCCAUGAAUGCCCUGUGGCUUGGCGUCUUCCUGGGUGGAAUUUGUCUCUUCCUGGCAGGUAACAGACAGAGGCGCCUCUUUAUCCUGCCUGUGUGAGGGAGGGUGCGCAGACUCCAGCCAGGGAUGGAAGGCAGCGGGGAUGGUCGUACGACUCCCUUCUAGAGGGAAGAUGCGGGUUAGCUGUUCAGCUAGCUGGUCUGGCUUUGGGAAAGUUUAGCUCUGGUGUGUGUGUGGGUGUGUGCGCACUUGGCUGUGCCUGGAGCGUAGUGUUGUUGUUUCAGGUUCAUGCGCUUGCUUCACGCUCAGAUGCCCUGGGACGGGCAGGGGUCAGGGUGGAGUGCAGUGGGGGGAAGCCCUAUUCUCUCUCUCCAGUAGGUAAGGACUCUGGAAUGUAGUCCAGCCUCCACCACGCAAAGCAGCAAGAGUUUCUCUCCUUCCAGAACCCAGAGAUUGUUUCCUCCUGUCAUGGGUUUGUUGGGAGUUGGUGGGGUUGGGUGGGGGUUCCCUUACCCAUGGAAAUGUCCAGGGUGAGGUUGGUGCUUAAUCCCCUGCUAAGAGAUGUAGGAUUCUUUAAUUAGGCUGAGCUGGGGGUGAGGGGCUGUGUGACAGGCAGGCUCUGCCCACCCAGAGUCUCACUCCCCUAGCGUGGGACGUUGAGGAAUGCAGGGCCAGCGAAUUUUUAGCUAAAUGCUCAUUAAUCCAGACCCCUGACACUCUGUAUGCAGUCCAUGGUACAGGCACGGGUAGUAGUCCACCUUUUUGGAAUGUACAUUUGAGAAUGGUAUUUUUUAUUCUUUGCCAUAUAUCUGUAUGGUGUUUGCACUACGGCUGAGACCCGUCAUGGAUCAGGCCGCAACCGAGUAGAGGAUUCCAACCCGGCAGUUGUAGACGAGCAGGCUGGCACAAAGCUGGGGAACCUCUGGAUGUUGCUAGAAUAGAGCUCCCCUCACUCUGAUCUUUCGCCACGGGGCUGGUGGGCUGUUCUGCCCUCCCACCAUUUAGAAGUAGCCCCUGGCCCAAAGAAGGUGAUUUCCCCCAUGCUUUUCCCACCACCACCCUGGCAGGGUGCACAGGAGGUGGCUCAAAUAUACCUGGCAAGGAGGCUUCCAGCACAAGGGAAUGAGAGAGCAUGUCAUUCAUUACUUAAGGCACGACUGUGUUGGCAAGCCCUUUUGUGACAACUGCAAGAGCCGUAGCCUUCUAGCAGUGCCCUUCUCAAGGCAGUGAGGGUGGCCAGCUUUCCCAAGAGCUCUUCAACUUUUUGCUACAGUUUAGGGGUUCUCCUCCUUUUCUGGCAGAGGAAGAAGGAGAGAUUAUGGGUUACGUGAAGGCCCUUCCAGCCUUCCUUCUUAAUUGAGCAUUAACGAUGGUAUGGGGUGUUAAAGGUUUUGGGGCAGACAGGCUGCUUCCUGCUGAAAGUCUGUGAGUUUUUAUAUCCCAGUUUGGACUUUUUCAGUCCUGCAGUUGUGGAAGAGUAACACUCUGAAUGCCAAUAAUGCAAAAACAUCGGGGGAACAUUGCAGAACAACUAACAAAAGUGUGAGAAUACAUGUGGGUCGUCCAGUAUGAACCCACCACGUGUGUACUAUUAUUGUGUGAAGGACACCCUGCAGAAUAUACCUGCAAAAAAUAAAUCAGUCUGGAGGGGGUGAGGUGGCUGCCUUUAGGAUUUAGGGGUGCUGCCACAGGCAGAAAGGUUGUGAUGGUAAGAAUGUGCUCAUUUUAUUUUAUUUUUGAAUGGAAAACUCUUCUCCCCCCAGCUUUUGGAAGAGGCCUGAAGUCCUGUGGUUGCACACCAAAGUUUUACCCCCUCUGCUUUUAAAGUGACCCCCCCCAAAAGAGGAUAUUUGCCUCCCUCUCUGCAACAGGCUUCCCAAAACUCCCUCCCUCCCACGUGAGUGUAGGUUAUUUCCUGGCCUGUACCAGCCUACCUCUGAAAGGCCUAAAGCAAAACCUUCUCAUUUCCUGAGAAGGGGAAAGGGGUUGCCUUCUUGAGGCUUUGCUUCAAAUGAAUAUGUAAAUACAGGCAAGUCCACAAAGACCUCCUCUACCCCCAAAACUGAAGUAUCUAAGAAAUGAAGCCAGCGGAGUCGCCUUCUCUUGAGGGACCAGGCAUUUUACCAGGACUCAGAUAGCAAUAUUUCUCUUCGCUGGCUUAAUGUAUGUGUACAGUUGUGAGUGGUACUCUGUGGAGGAUGGUUGUGGGUCACGUCAGGGAGAUUACACAACCCCCCUUGUUCCAAAGACUGCAUUAUUCUGAGAGAGAGAGAGAAAGGGAAAGAGUUGUGAAUUUGGGGGAAUGGGUCUGCAAGGUGCCUGAGUCCCUUCCAAUUUGUGGGGUCUUGGAUCCAGCAAGAGUUAAAGCAUGGGUGGGCAGCCUGAGGCCCAGGGGCCGGAUCCGGCCCAAUCACCUUCUCAAUCCGGCCCUUGGACAGUCUGGCAAUCUGCGUGUUUUUACAUGAGUAGAAUGUGUGCUUUCAUUUAAAAUGCAUUUCUGGGUUAUUUGUGGGGCCUGCCUGGUGCUUUCACAUGAGUAGAAUGUGUGCUUUUAUUUAAAAUGCAUCUUUGGGUUAUUUGUGGGACAUAGGAAUUCAUCCCCCCCCCCCAAUAUAGUCCAGCCCCCCACAAGGUCUGAGGGACACUGCAACAGCCCCCCUGCUGAAAACAUUUGCUGACCCGGGUUAAAGUCUAACAACAACAACAACAACAACAACAACAACAACAACAACAACAACAAUUUUAUUAAUUAUACCCCGCCCAUUUGGCUGAGUUUCCGCAGCCACUCUGGCUGGCAAGUUCCUUUGUGAAAUAAUGGACAUAGUUGCCAUCUAAGCACCAUCAUUAGUAUAACAAAGGAAGUAGCUUGGGGGUGUGUGUGCAAAGGGUGGGCCCCCUCCCUCAGAUGGCUGCUAAUGAGAAGACAAAAUCCUGAGAGUGUUUGAGCUGAGCCCUGGGCUAGAAGCAGCCGGAAGCCAUGCUUGAUUUCAGCUAGAACCCUUGACUGGGAGAAGCGAGGUCUUCUGGGGUGUUAAGGCUGUGAGCCCUUCCAGAGUAGGCUCAGACUGUAUGGAUACGUAAAUAAACCAUAUAUCACAAAGACACCACAGUCUCCGCCAUCCCUCAUUCCAAGUAAGCUAGACCCCGGGUAUGUGCCUGGGACCCCUGGAACCUCUCACCCAUCGGAGAUUGGGUGGUGCACAACACAAUUUAGGCCAGCCCCCCCCCCAACCGAUGCCCUCCCUCCAGGACUGGUUUGAGGUGCAGUUCAAACAUCUGGAAGGCACCAGCUUAGGGGGAGACUGUUUUAGAGGCUGAGCCCUGCCCAGCUGUCCCACUCAUGUCUGAGAAUGCUAAUUCCUUUGACAACGUAGAACAUAAUCUACUGGCAAGUCUUCCUGCACAGACUCAUUAAGAGGAAGAGGAGCUGCACCAUCGUGCCUGGCUACCCCUCACAAAGCCUGUUCUUACCAGAAGAGCCACCUGCAAUAUGGGAAUGGCCCAGUGUGGCAUCACAGUGGUACCUCAGGAUGCGAACGGGACGCAAGACGUGACAGUGCGUCUGUGUGUGCAUGGGUCACGUUCUGCUGCUUCCGCGCAUGCGCGUGAUGUCAUUUUGACCAUCUGCGCAUGCAUGAGCGGUGAAACCUGGAAGUAACACGCUCUGUUACUUCCAGGUCGCUGCGGAGCGCAACUCGAAAGCGCUCAACCUAAGCGUAUUUAUCCCGAGGUAUGACUGUAUGUAUGGGACGCGGGUGGCACUGUGGGUUAAACCACAGAGCCUAGGGCUUGCCGAUCAGAAGGUCGGCGGUUCAAAUCUCCGCAAUGGGGUGAGCUCCUGUUGCUCGGUCCCAGCUCCUGCCAACCUAGCAGUUCGAAAGCAUGUCAAAGUGCAAGUAGAUAAAUAGGUACCGCUCUGGCGGGAAGGUAAACGGCGUUUCCGUGCGCUGCUCUGGUUCUCCAGAAGCGGCUUAGUCAUGCUGGCCACAUGACCCAGAAGCUGUAUGCUGGCUCCCUCGGCCAAUAAAGUGAGAUGAGCGCCGCAACCCCAGAGUCGGUCACGACUGGACCUAAUGGUCAGGGGUCCCUUUACCUUUACCUUUAUGACUGUAUGUGCAAGUCCUGCUGCUUCUGUGUGUCACCUAAAUGGUUAGUGGCCCUUCGUACGCAGGAAUGCACACUCAGGAUUGGCAAGAAAGUGAAGUGGAGACGGGGAGAGAUUGUGGCCGCUGCACAAGGAGCAUGAAUGCUGAGAAGGCAGAGAAGCAGUCUGCCCCAUGGAGGCAACCCUAGUCCAGGGGCCUGAGCCACCCCAUCUAAGCACCCCACCCCACCCCACUUGUGUUGACAGGAAAAUAAAAGAUUAAAGAGGCAAGGAGUAGACAGAGAAGCUCAGACCCUUCUGCCCAGCACAGCACAGAGCACUGAUGAGGGUGCAAAUUCCCCCCUCCCCAGUCACCGGAAGAUUAAUUUUGUAAGGGGAGGGGGCUUCCUUGGCUGAUGUGCGCAUGUGUGUAUGUGUGUGCAUGCAUGCAAAAGAGCAUGCAUGUAUUCAAGAGUGUGUUGUGACUACAUACACUUUUGGAUACACCCACCUGAACCAUGUGCUGCCACCCUUACCCCCCAAGAGAGUUGGCCAAGGGUGAAUACAGAUGAGCCCAGUCCUGGCACAGAACCAGUGAGCCAAUGGGAAUGAGCUCUGCUGGGCCACUGCUGACUGCACUGUCCCUGAAGGAAGACAGUGUUAGAGAAGAGCUCCUCUCCCAAAGCACCUGUUUGCUUUGUGGGGCUGCACAGGGUAGCCCUGCAGGCACUGCAGAGGCACCCAGCAGAGACCUGCUCUGAUCCACAAACAAAGCUGGAAUCAAAACAGCCCAACCUCCCAGUGGAUGAAGACUCCACACUUAAUUAGCCACCAGCAGGGGGCUGCCAGUUCACCGGGAGGAUUAAUUUAGCAGGUGGCCCCAUGCGCUCCAGAGGAAACCCAGCAGCAGGCAGCUUGGUCCUGGCAAGCAUGUGGAGGUAGGGGGCAAUUCUUGCCCCUGCCCCAACACACAUGCCUUGGCCAAGCCCCUCCUUUUCCCCAAGCCCCUGGCUGGUAAGAAAAUGCAUAAAUCGUCCGCAGUCAUGCCCCUUCUUUAGUCAGGCCAGUGUAUAAGGCUCCAGCUAGAUCCUUUCCUCCCCCACCUCUUGCAGGCUGCCCACUGGUCAGCAACCAGAUGGUCAUAGUGAUGUCAGCUGUCCCAUUUACACUCAUGUGGUUUGAAAUCAACAUUGUGCCGGCACAAGCAUGGCAUUUUGGAGUCCUGGCAGCUAGUUGAUUGCUGGGGCAUCAAAACACUGUGCAAGCCUUUCUGAAAGCACCAAAGACUUACUGGUCUUGCGGUGAGCUGUAGGAGCUGCUUUGUAGCCCUGACAAUCAGCUUAUUGUUGGCAAUUUUUAUCAGUUGAUUGCCAGAGCUUCAAAGUAUAAUGCACUGCAUGGAGUUUUGGAGGUUGGAAGAUGCAGGACAGAUAAAAAGAAUUAUAAAAAGGUAAAGGGACCCCUGACCAUUAGGUCCAGUCGUGGCCGACUCUGGGGUUGUGGCGCUCAUCUCGCUUUAUUGGCCGAGGGAGCUGGCAUACAGCUUCCUGGUCAUGUGGCCAGCAUGACUAAGCUGCUUCUGGCGAACCAGAGCAGCCCACGGAAACGCCCUUUACCUUCCCGCCGGAGCAGUACCUACCGUAUUUUUUGCACCAUAACACUCACUUUUUUCCUCCUAGAAAGUAAGGGGAAAUGUCUGUGCGUGUUAUGGAGCGAAUGCCUACGGAUGGCGGGGGAAUCUGCUGCAGUCGUGAGCAGAGGAUCCAUGGUUCCCCUUCCUUCCCUCCUCUGUGGCUCGCUUUGAAACAGCAAAGCAGGAGAAGAGCCGCUGAGUGGGGAGGAGAGAUGGACAGAGAGCCUGCUUCCUUUAAAGGAGCAAAGCGGGAGAGGAGAGCAUCCUUCUCCACCCACCCCACACGUGUUCCUUGUCCCUUGAGUGCUUUUCCUUCCCUCCCCACUUAAAACGUGGUUACAAAGCACAGUUCCACAUGGAUCCUCAGGAUUUUUGCACUGGGUCACCCCAAAUUCACCAUCAGAUCACAUAGCACGUCCAUGGCUACAGCUUGCACCAAAAAAAUCAUGUACCCACUGUUGCCUGGGGCCGCAGUGGUGCAAAAAUGUGGUUACAAAGCAUGGAUCCACAUGGAUCCUCAGGAUUUUUGCAUUGGGCUACCCCAAACUCACCGUCAGAUCACAUGUCUGUGGCCACAGCAUGAACCACAAAAAUCAUACACCCACUGUUUCGUUUAGAAUAUUUUUUUUCUUGUUUUCCACCUCUAAAAAAUAUGUGCGUGUUAUGGUCAGGUGCGUGUUAUAGAGCGAAAAAUACGGUAUUUAUCUACUUGCACUUUGACGUGCUUUCGAACUGCUAGGUUGGCAGGAGCAGGGACUGAGCAGCGGGAGCUCACCCCGUUGCGGGGAUUCGAACCGCCGACCUUCUGAUUGGCAAGCCCUAGGCUCUGUGGUUUAACCCACAGCGCCACCCGCAUCCCUAAAAAUAAGUAUAGCAUGUAGUUAAAACCACGGAACACUCUCGCACAGGAGGCAGUGAUGGCCAUGAACCUAGAUGGCUUCAAAGAGGAAUAGAAAAAAUCACGGAAGAGGAGAGGGCUAGCGAUGGCUCCUGGCCACAAUGGCUCUUCUCUGUGUCCACGGCUGAAAGGCAGCAAUACUUCUGAAUCCCAGUUGCUGGAAGUCGCAGGAGACUGAGUAUUGCUGCUUGCGGUUUUCUCACAGGCAUCUGGUUGACCACUGAGAGAACAGGAUGCUGGACUAGAUGGGUCACUGGCCUGCUCCAGCCUGCUCCAGAACAAAACCAUUGCUGUUGCAGAGAGCAAGGGUUGCAGUGUGGGUAGAGUUUUGGGACUGGGCUAAAGAACUCAGGGUUCGAAUCCCCACACAGUCAUGAAGCUCCCUGGGUGAUCUUGGGCAGUCACUAACUCACGUACCUCACUAACCUAAUGUACUUCAGCAUCUGGUUGUGAGGAUUAAAUGGGGGGGGGGGGGAUAACUGCAUAGAGCACCUUGAGCUCCUUGGAGGAAAGGUGCGAUGAAAUAAUAACUUCAAAGCACAGCUGUUCCUGAUGCCCAGGUCCACCAGCAAAAUAGGAGCCUGUGCAGCUUCCGGUAGCCAGAUAGCAGCUGCCUAAACAUGUAUUUGCUAGUGCAGGGACUUGCCAAGGCCAUUAGAUAGCGUUGUUGCUGUUGUUGUUGUUGUUAAUUACUGCAUUUUUCGCUCUAUAAGACACACUUUCUCCCUCCUAAAAAGUAAGGGGGAAUGUGUGUGUGUCUUAUGCGCAGCUGUCCCAGAAGCCAGAACAGCAAGAGGGAUCGCUGUGCAGCGAAAGCAGAGAUCCCUCUUGCUGUUCUGGCUUCUGGGAUUCAGAAUAUUUUUUUUCUUGUUUCCCUCCUCCAAAAACUAGGUCUGUCUUAUGGUCUGGUGCGUCUUAUAGAGCGAAAAAUCCAGUACCUGCCCUUCACCCUAAGGCCCCAGGGUGGGGUAUAACAUUAAAACACAAUAUAGCAUACAGCCUAAAGCAGCUUAUAAUCACAAAAAUAAGGUGGGUCCUAAAAAGCCAGGAUAGAGAGAUGCAAUUUCAGCAUUCACAGGAAGCUGUAUAGUGAAGGUACCAGGUGCACCUCUGUGCGGAAGGAGUUCCACAGCUGAAAGGCUGCCACAGAGAAGGCUCUGUCCCAGGCCUCCACUUCCUCUGAAUUCCCCAGGGCAGCAGAACUACCAAGAGGGCUCUCUCUGCUGAUCUUAACACCUGAGAAGGUCUGCAAGGAAUGAAGUGGCCUCUCAGACAUUAGGGGCCUGCAUAGCUUUAGGGCUUUACACACGAAUGCACUGGCCCUCUUUCUGUAAUAGCUGGUUCCUGAAUCUCAAGCAGCAUUGAGGAAAUUAAUCUCUCCCUUCACACUGACAUAAAAACAGCUUUGAACCGCACUACCUUCUCUCCCUUCUUAGGUGGGAGCAUGAAAUCCUCAGGCACCCAUCUUUGCAAAGGUGGCUAUAGUUGCAUCCACGAAGGUUAGCUUGUACACUCCCUCUUCCUGCGGUGCUUCCAUGCCUGCCUGCAGGGCAAAGGCAGGACCAAAUUCCACAUUCCUCUCGUGCUCUGGUUCCUCCCAAACCUGCAGGCCAGGCGUAAUAAUGCCAUUAAGUGGAAUAAUCCAGGCUUUGUUUAUCUGUGCAGCUGUCUUGGUGGAUUAGUAGGAAGCUGGGUUAGGGGGUUGGAGGGGUAAUAGGCCUUCUUAAUCAAGGGUUUGCUCUCAUUAUCAGCCCACUAGCAAAGAAGGACACCACUUCCCUUCUGCCAGGCCUGAUUCGUAGCCUCUGUUCACCCCGCUGUAGUGAACCCAGCCAGAUGCUUUAGCUCCUUUGCUGCAGUGGUGGGCUUGUGUGUCAGGGUUGGGAGUGGUGUCUCUCAGCAAACAAUUCCCACUUCAACUUACGCCUUCCUUCCUUCCUUCCUUCCUUCCUUCCUUCCUUCCUUCCUUCCUUCCUUCCUUCCGGUGUACGCCAGGUGUAGAGUGUGCCACUGACAUUGACGAGUGCGAAGACCACCCCUGCCUAAACGGAGGAGCCUGCGAAGAUGGCAUCGCUGACUACAUCUGCCAUUGCAUCCUUGGUCCAAACGGCAUUGCCUGGGGUGGGAAGAACUGCUCUGUGGAGCUGACUGGGUGCCAGAACCACAGCUGCCAAAACGAGGCCUUGUGUAUCCCCACCUACCAGUCUGAGUCCCACGGCCACCUGUGCCGCUGCCACCCUGGCUUCUAUGGCUCCACCUGUUCCACGCCAACCACCUUCUCCUUCACAGCCAGUGUCUACCUCUUCAUCAACAUGACUGCAGACGACGAGAGUGCCAGGGAGGCGCCAGAGGGGCACCAAGCCAGUGUGGCUCUCCGGUUCCGGACCACCCUCCCUGAUGCCAUCCUCUUCUACCGAGGCCAGCCAGGAGAGCACCUUCUCCUGGAGCUCUCUGGUGGCCUCCUGCGAGUGUCACUUUUGAUGCAGGACACUCCGUUGUCUUUCACUUUGGAGGCACCGAAGGUGGCCGAUGGCCAUUGGCACAAGGCAGAAGUCCUGCUGCAGGAUUCUCUCGUGCUCAAACUCUGGCAUGAAGCCUGCACUGGGGGUGUCUGUUUGCACAGCAACCCCAUUGGAGAGGGAGCCCCCAUUUCAUUCCUGCCCUCCUUUUUGCACAUCUAUAUUGGAGGAGUUGAAGAGGACUUAACGCCUAAUCCAACAAAGAGUUUCCUUGGUUGCUUGGAAGACUUGCAGAUUGAUUCUAAGGUUGUCUUGCCACAGGAGGUGAUCGGACUGAAAGCCCCUGGGUUUGAGCUGGGCUGCGAGAGGACAGAGUGGUGUCACUCCCAGCCCUGUUCACAUGGCGGCCAGUGCAUUGACCUCUGGGCAGACUUCCGCUGUCACUGUGCUCGGCCUUACGAAGGCCGUACAUGCGCCUAUGGUGAGUAAUGAGUGAGAGUGCCUGUCGGCCCCUCUGAGAGGGAGGUGGGUUGGCUUGGAAGCAAUCCUCUGUUUGGGGGAGGUGAUGUAGGCCUGGGGUGGAGAGGUUGCAGUUCACCGUUCAUGUGCUUGAUCUUAUGGCAAUAGAGGCAAUUCUCCUGGGCACCCACUGUAGACCCAACAAAGAGCCACAACAAAGUGCCGCUGGGUGCUCUUCUCCAAUGCCAAAGGGCAGGCAAUUACACACACAGCAAAUUAUGGCCCUGAAGGUUGCAAUUGCCAGUGCUUAGGUUCUGCUGUGGUCCUUCUGCAGAACCUCAGCCAUUUCCAAAGGUCCCAGAGGGUUGAUGAAUGGGUUGAGACCAGCCUAGUGGUCUCAGAAUGGUUUUGUUCUGAUGCUCCCUUCAGUUCAGAGUUGCCAUGCAUUGUUUUUUCUUCCUCAGAGUCUCCUGCAGGAACUUUCAGCCAAGACAACUCCUCAAGCUUUGCUGCCUUUGCAGUUAGUAGCAGUCUCGGGGCAAACUUUAACAUUUCGUUUUUCAUCCGAACUCUGAGGCCCAGUGUUCUGGUGACCCAAAUCAGCAACCAAAGUGAAGUUUUCCUCACCGUGUAUCUGAAAGAUGGGCAGCUCCAGCUGGAGGCACCCCCUGCUUCUCCCAUUGGGCCAAGUGGGCAGCUGGCGGAUGGCACCUGGCACUUUGUGGUGCUUUCCUUCCACAAUGGUCUUGUUUCCACCAGCCUUUUAGGCAGAGAGGAGGAACUGGGACCCCUGGUGGUGACUCCUCUCCCUCCUGGCUUUGUGGUUCAUGUGGGUGGACUCCCGGACCAAGACAGUGCUGUCACCUGGGGAGGGCCUUUCAAAGGCUGCCUUCAGGAUGUUCGACUCAAUGACUGGCAGAUGCAGUUUGCCCCUCAUCUGGCUGCUAACCACAGUGGCCCACAAGACAGGCUUGUGGGGCAAACCACCAACGUUGGUUUCGGAUGCACCUCUGAUGACACCUGCAAGGUAAGGAGAAUGCCAGAAGUUGUUUGACUGUGCCGAGAAUGGCACUAUAGUGCAGCCUUCGCAAGCCUGGUGCCCUCCAGAUGUUUUGGACUACAAUUCGCAUCAGCCCCACCCAGCAUGGAGUUGUAGUUCAAAACAUCUGGAGGUGACAGCAGGUUGGCAGAGGCCAACUUGUACCUCUGUGAACUGAAGGGCAGAUGGAGGCCAAAGGCCUAACGAGCUCGGUGAUGGUUUCCUCAAAUGGCCACCAGCAUUCCCUCAGAAGCCCACAAGCAGGAUACGCCUCCAGCAGCUGGCAACUGGAGGUAUCCUGCCAGGGAAUCACACCUUGAGAAGAUAACUAUAUUAGGGCCAUCCAAGCGACCCAUGGAACAAAUUCCAUAGGAGGCAUGUGAAAUGGGGUUUACUUUUGCCAGACAGUUAUGACAUUUGUCUUUGUUUAUAGUUUAGAGAGAAGGCAAGAAACCGUGAGGAACACACAUGACAGAGGUGUACAAAGUAUGUGUGAUGUGCAGAAGCAGAUAGAGUUGCAUUUUUCCUCUCUCAAAACUCUUAUGGAUGUCCAAGGAAGCCAAAUGUUGGAAGAUUCAGGACCAACAAAAGAAAUUAUUUCUUAAACUGUGAAGCUCCCACUGCAAGAGGCUGUGAUGGUCACCAACUUGGGUGGCUUCAAAAGAGGACGGGACAAAUUCAUGCAGGAGAAUAAGGCUAAUCGUUGGCUAGUAGCCAUGAUGGCUGUGUCCUGCCUCUCCUGUCAGAGGCCUUAUGCCUCAGUACCAGUUUCUGGGACAAAUCUCAACUGUGGGAGCUGCUGUUGUACUGAGGUCCUGUUUGUGGGCUUCCCAGAGGCAUCUGGUUGGCCACUGUGGAAGUGAGUUCUGAACAUUUCUGUUCCAACUACCUCAUAUACAUGAGCUGUCGAGAGAUUGCAAAUGGGCUAAUGGGUGCAUGCAAAGCGGAGCCCAGAAGAAUUUGUGCACAAUUGCUCUGCCAGUUUCCUCCCCAGCGACAGAGUAGCAAAGGAAGCGACCUUAUAUUGAGCCAGACCAUCUAGACUAGUGUUGUCUAUUCUGGCUGACAGCAGGUCUCCAGGGUUUCAGAUAGGUGUCCUUCUUAGCCUUACUUGGACAUGCUGGAGAUUGAACCUGGAGCUUCUGGAUGCAAAGCAUGUACUCCGUCUGUGGUCUUCCUGCAAGAACAGCAGAGGAAGCUGCUGUUCACUAAGUCUAUUUAGCUCAGUGUUGUGGACACAGACUUGCAGUCUCUUUCUAGGGUUUCAGACAGGUGGGCAUGCCAAGCCCUACCUGGAGAUGCUGAGAAGUUCACUGGGACCUUCUGCAUGCAAAGCAUCUCCCCCACCUCUUUUUCCAUGACACACUUAAGCAAGAGGGUGGCAGUGAGUCCCUGUUUGCCAGAGGAAAGGCCUGCGCAGUAGCUCAUCCAGGGCUGUUACCACCACUUCACUGUUGCUCUUGCCUUAGCACUGGCUUGGCAUGGAGGUGAAUGCCAAGGGGGUUAAUAGGAUCACCUUAAAUAGCCUUUGCUAACCUGGUUUCCCCCAGCUGUUUUGGACUACAAUUCCCAUAAACCCCAGCAAACCAGGCUGGUGAAGGGUGGUCUAGAAGCUUACAUGUUUCCAGCAUUUCCUUCCUAUGUUCUUCCUCCUUACGCUGUCAAAGGACCAGGCAUUGGGCAGGCAGGAGUAACAGCAUUGACCUGGCAAGGUGGAGUAUGGACUGUCCUUCGCCUCUCUCCUCUAUUCAGCAUGUGCUCAUGGUCUCUCUCUCUCUUUGUCCCCAUCCAGCUUCUCACUUCCUCGCUUUGCCCUCAGAUGAGCAUCUUCUGCCACAAGGGCAACUGCAUGCAUGCAUUGAAACCUUUCUGUCUUGAAUUGGCUUGGGGCUAAAGGCACCUCUUGCACACACAGAGGUCUAGAAAGAAGGCUUUUUUGGCAGGGGGAAAUUUGAUCCAGUGCACCCAGUGCACCACCUACACAGAGACACACAGAUGCAGGGGAAACCCCCCCCCCCCCCCGCCACCACUUCUCUUGCUCUGUAGUAAGUUACAGAGGGACAAUGCUCCAUCUUUAUGGAGCUUAAAAGCAUCCAGCUCAUUAGUACAAAGAGAGCUUCUUCCUAACUAGAUCAAUUCCUGCCUCCCCACUCGAUAAUAACUUGGCCUCAGACCUCUCCUUAAGUACCCAGUGCAAACGAGAAGCCAAGUCCCAGCUUUCCAGUUGUUACAAAUGGGGAGGGAGCAGAAAGUCUUAGAGACGGUAUCCUGAGCACAGUGCCCUCCCUCACACCACCAAAGCUGCCACCAGAGUCUUGCUUGCAGCAGAAAAGAAAAGCACAAAGAGGCAGACAUGAGUGGUGGGAAAGUGAAAAUGGCAGAAAAGUUGAGCGUAAGCAUGAGAAACUGCCAUUUCUCCAUGUAGCUCACUAUGAUCUAUGCUGACUGCCAGGGGCUCUGCAGGGUUACAGACAGGAGGCACUCAGACCCUACCUGGUGAUGCCAGGGAGAGAACCUGGGACCUCCUAGCACUACCACUGAGCUCGACACCUUCUAGCUAGGGUUGGAAAUUCAGUUGCUAGCCAUGCAUCCCACCGUUUUCAUCCAAUGGCAACUACAGCUCCCAGGCAUUCCUCAUCCAGAUCUGCUAGCCUUCCCCCUGCCCCUCAGACCCCCAGCAAUGCAUGUCUCUCCAAAGCAAAAGGAACAGUGGACCCUGUUCCUUCUCCUCCUCUGACCAGGCUCCUUUCUUGUCUUUCAGUCUGGGCCAUGCCUCAAUGGCGGCCAGUGCACCGUCACAUGGAAUGACUUCAGCUGCAGCUGCCCAGCCAACUUCACAGGCAAGCGCUGCCACGAGAGAGUCUGGUGCAUGAGUGAGCUGUGUCCUCAAGCCACAACCUGCGUGGAUGUCCCUUCCGGCUAUGUCUGUAAGCAUCAUGCAAGGGCCAAAGAGAACCUGAAGCAAGAAGCGCAAGAGUUCUUUUCUAUCAUUCAUUUAAAGAAUUUAUAAGAAGAUAAGAGUAGCAUGCUGGAUCAUGCCCCAGGCCCAUUUAGUCCAGCAUCCUAUUUUCACAGUGGCCAACCAGAGGUCUGUAGGACAGCAGGAAGAGUGCAAGAGCACUCUCCUUUUCUGCGGUUUCCAACAACAAUUAAAAAGCAUAAUUGCCUCCAACUGCAAAGGUAGAGCCCAGCCAUCGUGGCUGGUAACCAUCCGUUGCCUUCUCCUCAAUGAAUUCUGCAUAAACCACUUAAUACAGAAUAUAUAAGCAGUGAACAAGUGUAUCUGAAACUGCAUGAGAUAAAACCAAUCAUAAAACGAAUCUGCAAAUCACAAUAAAACCCUAAUUGCAGAUCGUAUCAGCUGUAGACUAAAAUCUCCCCACCCGACCCUUCACAGUGACUAAUGCAGGUAAAUAUCCCUGUUCCACCCAUGCCCCUUCAUCCUUUAAAAUGCUCACUGUGGGCGAGAACAUAAGAGCCUGCUGGAUCAGAGCAAAGGCCCCUCUAGUCCAGCUUCCUGUUCUCAGUGGUGGACCCCUUGCCCCAGCAGGAAGUCCGCAAGCAGGAGAUGGGCACAACACAGCCCUUCUCACUUGUGAUUCUUAGCAGCGGGUGUUUAGAGGCGCACUGCCUUCAACAUACCACAAAUUUGCCAUGGAAGUUUGCUUUAGGGGGCAACGUAUCCUUCUUCAGUGGCCUCAUGCAUGUGUCGUGAAAGUUGUGGCUAGGAUUGGCACCAAGAGAGAUAUAGACGGUGACGCUCCUCAGUACACAGGGAUAGUCUGUGCCGCUCUCCCUUGGAAGAUACCUUCAGGUGGGGAUCCCUGUUAUUUUCAUUGGAGGCUCCCACCCCCCAGACCUGACUCCUCUGACUGCCAUGUUCACCUUCUCCUCCUUGCAGGUCUGGCCACGGCCACGUUUCAUGAGCGCGACGCAGCUGAAUUCACAGCCAACGCGUCCAUCACCAGAGCCCUCCAUAGCCUCCGCCUGGACUUCAGAACAAGGGACCAAGACGGCAUCUUGCUGUGGGCCGUGGUGGCUGUGGAUUCCCUCCUGGUGGCCAUCCAGAACUCCUCUCUGCUGGUAGAGAUCAGGAGUGGGAACGGCGUCGAGGGGGCAAACCUCCUCAGCCAGGUGCCAGUCUCGGAUGGCGCCUGGCACACGCUUACGCUGUCCAUGGAAGAUCCCUUGGCUCUCUCGUCAAGAUGGCACCUUUGUCUGGAUGGGUCCGUCAACACAACCCUCCAAGGCAAUGCUGGGAACCUGGACUUCCUGAAGAGCAACGCACUCAUUGUCCUGGCUGAAAACUUCACCGGCUGCCUUGGGCACGCAGAUGUGGGUGGAGUGCUCCUGCCACUGGCUGCCCCUACCGCGUACCCACAGCCAGAACAGUUCCUGCAAACAAACAGCCGGGCAACCCUUCUUGGCUGCCAGGGGCAAGACGUCUGUGCCUCCAGCCCAUGCCUCCACCAGGGCACCUGCCAGGACCUCUUCAACGCCUUCAGCUGCGCCUGCAGUCCUGGGUGGGAGGGGCCCCUGUGCGAGGCCAACAUUGACGACUGCAAGUCCAGCCCCUGCCUCCACGGCACCUGCAUAGAUGAAGUGGCUGACUUCCAGUGCAACUGCGAGAAGGGCUACAUUGGGAAGCGCUGCCACAUUAACGUGGACGACUGCAUUAGGCACCAGUGCCAGAAUGGUGGGACCUGUGUGGAUGGGGUCUACAGCUACUCCUGCAAGUGUCCCCCACAGUACACAGGCCCUCACUGCGAGUAGGUGUCCCCCGACCCCUGCCCCCUAAGGAUGCUGCUGGUGUUAGCAGAGCUUCCAGGGAUGGUGCUGGGAAGAUUAGCCUGAAGCAAGCUGUUCGUUUGUUUCUGUGUUUUUAUUUAUAUUUAAACACAAUUACCAAGCAAAUGGUUGUCUUCCAGGGCAAAUGUGCAGAUGUUGAGUUUUGCAUGCAGUCAUCCACAUGGCAUCAAAACAGACUUUUGGGAAAUCUUCUAUGCUGCAGAUUAAGCUCAUGUCCACAGGGCAUACACUUCAAUCUAGAGCAUUAAGAUAAAUUUUUCCGUAGUGGCUGCUGCAAUUGAGACAGAAGGGAGAUUACAGUACUACAGUUAAUAACCAAUACACUGUUUCUUUACUGAUGCCUUUUGCAUGCUGCUCCACAGCAAAAUGUUCCCUAAGCAGCUCGUGAUAAACAAGUAAAAGAAAACCUUAAAUCAAAACAAGAAACCAUUAAAAGACGAGAGAGACCUGGCAUGUUUAGGAAGCAGGCUUAUAUCGUGGAAAAGUUCCAUUUCUUUCAGUAAUUCAACUUAAAAGGUGAAACUCAUAUAUGAGAUCGACUCGUGACAUGCAAAGCAAGAUCUGCUUCUACUUCUCAGAGGUCCAAUCUUGCUCCAUUUGCAAUCCUUGUUUUGCUGAUUUCCUUGAAUAUUCUAAUUUUCUGAGAUGGUCAAUUUGGGGUUUUCAUCAGCUGUAGGCCAUGAUCAUCACAAUUGUAACAAAUCAAGGCUUGACAUAUCUCGCUUGACAUGUCACGAGUCUAUCUCAUAUACUAGUUUCACCUUUCAAGUUGAAUUACUGAAAGAAAGGAACUUUUCCGCGAUAUUCUAAUUUUUCAAGUUUCACCUGUAGUUUAGCCUGACUGGUGGAGUCUCUCUAGGGCUCCAGGCAAGAGUCUCUCCCACCCCUACCUGGAGGUCACAGUGGGGGUUGAACCCGAGACCUUCAGCAUGCAAAGCAGGUGCUCAAUCACUGAGCUGAAGCCUUUUGAGUUGCAAUGAAACAGGACUUGCUGCACCUCCGAAAUGCAAAGCAGAGGUCUGGAUUGCCCAAGUCUCUCAAGAAGCCUGGGUGGACCAAGAGGCCGCUGCCUGGCACUGAAAGGGCUGUGAAGCUGGUGCCAGAAACUGAGCUUCCCUGGGAAGAGAAGGCUUGCCUGCCUCACUGCAUUUGGCCUCUGGAAGGACCUUGCGGGGUCAGAUGCAGAUGGGACGUGGCGGCCUCUUGGGUAGUCUCGUCCCAAGCCUUCCUGGGCAUCAGGGCAGGGGCAGCCAAGCACAGCCCCAGGGUCAAAGUGGGCGUGGCCAAAGGGUAUCUAUUUCUUGUAUCUAUUACGAGUGCAGAUCUGCCGGCGCUGCCAGUGUUUGUUUUUAUUUUGUUAAAAGUCCCUCCCCCUUUUAAACAAACCUAGAAAAUGUAUGCUGUCUAAAUAAUAAGGAUUCUUACAAUCCUCUUCUUCUUCUUCCAACCAGGUGGCCGUUCCCACCUGAGCAAUGCGGGAAGAACUUCACCUGCCUGAAUGGCGGCAAGUGCAUGAGUGGCGUCUGGGGAGCCAACUGCACCUGCAAGCCAGGCUACACAGGCAGAAGGUAGGACCAGAGUUCCCCAUUGCAGGCCAGGCCAGUGGCCCAAGGAGCCCAGCAACUGGUUUGUUCAAAAGAGCAGCUUGGCUGUUUUCACAGAAUGCGUUCUCAUUGUAUUACCCUUUGAAAACAAUCCUCUAUAUAUCCAAAUAGUAUCGGUAUAAUACUGAGUUUGCAACUGCAUACAGAAUAUCAAAUGGCAAUGGAAACCAGAAAUUCCCAACAACCUCAUUUCAGUGAAGAGUCCCUCUUGUUCCUGCAAAUAAGCUAUAGCUUCUGAUUCCUUAGAGCAGAGGUUUUCAACCUUUCUGAGUCCACGGCUCCCUUGACCAACUCCAUUCUUUGUGGGGCCCAGGGGCCUACUUACGUCCCCCCUUGCCUGCAGAGCUGGCAGCCCCUCACCCUUUUUCGAACACCCUCCCUUGUGCAGUGUUCCCUCAGCCUCCUCUCCUCUCCCCUCUCCCAGGGAAUCCUCUGGGCAGCUGCUGUCUCUGGUCUCUGAGCUGCCCCCCCUGCCCCAAAGAGAUGCCUCCUCACACUGCCCCACAGGGGCUGGGAAGCACCCCUGGCCAGCCAAAGGUGCACCAUUCGCCUGGGGAGCUUAUAGCCAGGGCUGCUGCAACAAACAGCUGCGCAAGCCUUGGGGAGGCAGAGAGGCAAGAGGGCAUCACAGGAGGGAGGGAAGGAAGGAAGGAAGGAAAGAGGGACACAGGCCAGUGCUGCCCACGGCACCCCUGACCAUCCUUCAAGGCACCCCAGGGGGCCACGACACACUGGUUGAAAAUCACUGCCUUAGAGGAAAGAUCUUUAUCAGAUCUCACUUUCAAUCAAUGCUCUGGUUCACCAAAGAUCAUUGAGAAAUAGGUGCAAUUCACACUUACUCAUUCUUCCUUUAUAGAAAAUUUGCUUUUGGGUACCAAACUGUGCUUCUAUAUAAAAUGCAAGCUGCCUGAAAGUCUCCACAAGACUAAGGAUGUGGUUAUAAAUCUGUAUGAGUGCAGUAUAGAUACUAUUUGGAUAUAUUUGGGUCUCUUUGUUGUGUGUAGAGACUAUUGCCAUGAGAGACUCAUACAAAGCACACAGUUGGCCUGUCCUUAUUGCACCAAGAAGAGCAAACCACCCUAAGAUGCAGUUGACCAGUAAGCCAGCUGGACCUGUGGGAGGGCUGGAGCCCACAGAUGGAAGCAAGCAGGAAGUGGGAAACUGACUUUUCCAGCUUUUGGUGCCUUUCAAGAAGAGAGUGCAAAGCCCACCAAGGCAGCUGCGUCUUCCACAGGGCCGGCCCUUGCAGUACAGUUAGCUCUCACCGGGAGGAAAGCCUCCCCAGCUUGCUAAGUUCACCCACUGAAGAGGCAGAGCCCCAAACCAACCCCUCCCCUCCCCUCCAGGUGCCUCUUGCAACGCCAUCAUUUCUUUUGGGCCGAGGCUGACUCUUGCCAAUUCCUUUUGCAGAUGCCAGAUCAACAUCAAUGACUGCGACCCCAAUCCCUGCCAGAAUGGGGGGACCUGCCAGGAUUCCGUAAACCGGUAUCGAUGUGUGUGCAGUGCCAGCUACACUGGGGAGCGAUGCGACAUUGACGUAAGCCAAUGCUUCCUGUGCAUAGUGGUGGGUCAGGCUUUUGUCUCUUAAAGCUAAGGCAGUUUGGCCAAGAGGGAAAGGAACUGUUUAAAAAUCCUGGUCGGAUUCAGAGGCAGGGUGGGGGGCGCUGGGUCUCCUCCCCACAACUCUUGCACAAGGAGAAUUCAGCAUUUGCACUCAGAUCUUAUUUUAAACAUCGGGCCAAACUGCUCUCUCUCUGUCCUUGGAGGUUUGAAGCAGAGGUUCGAUAGUCAACUGUCUUCUAUUAUUUAGCCGAGAUUCCUGCUUUGCAGGGGGUUGGACUAGAUGACCCUGAGGACCCUCCAACUCUAUGGUUCUAUGAAAAUGCAAUCAAAUAACUCCUAUUAGCAUAAUUUUUGGAUGGUUGUGAAAUUCAUAAAGUUUUAAGUAUUAUUGGGGGGGGGGCAUAGGUCAGUGAUGAAGUGUGAGGGAACAGGGUCCCCAGGAGGUGAAGAGGGACAGAGAAGCACAGUGUCUGCCAAGUGCCCUGGGGAGAGGGGUCUGUGCCUGUAUGUGUUGAGGGCCAGGAAAUCUAUAUGAAUUUUAAAAUAAGGCCAAGAAUACCCUAACCGAGCCUGCUGUUUGCUUGUGGUGGGAGAGAGGUACUUGAUGCUUUGCUCAGCAGACAGGGGAAUAAGUCUGUGUUGGGUGGGCUUCUCUUCGCCUGCCCUGCAUGCUCCUCCUUGCAUGGAAUGUGGUUGCAUGUGGGUGACUGGGGACCGGUAACAUACUAACCUUGACUGCAUGAACCUGCCCUUAAUGCCAUUGCAUGUCUGCAGGGGAGACAGGCUCUCUGCUGUUGCUGUUGCAGCUGUGCCUCCUCCGGCUGAUGCUUCUAAACAACCCCUUUGUUUAGAAGCCUUUGCAUGCCUGAGUCUGAGGCAGCAGCCCCACUGCCUCCAGGGGUCUUGGCGCUGGUCCCUUCCCGUGGGCUUCCUGCAUGCUGAUGCUUGCUCUGCUGCCUCUUCUCUUUCAUUUCUAGACCACAACUAACCUGUGUGUCUGGCUCUGAACCCUCUGCAGCCUGGCCCCUUUGCCCCAUUGUGAUGCUGUCUGGUGGGACAGAGCCUUAUGAAAUCUGACACAGAACAUGCUCCACCUUGUUAAGUGCAGCAGAUAAAAGGUUUUGAGCUGCAAUCUGCUGGCCCCACGCCAGGGUGGAGAAGCUGCUUGCUUAAACUGCCCUCUAAUAUAGCCAAACCCUAUUCCAAUUGCACAACACAUCUGAUAUAUCCAAUUGCAAGGCUUAGGAGCUCAGAAUCCACCCAAUUACCUGCUUACAAAUCUCCCUCCCGGUUUCUCUCUGGGAAGGUAGCGGUGGCUUGGCCAGCAAGCGUCUUAGCUGCUGAGCUGACACACUGCUGUUUUUAGUAAGGCUUACGCUAAUCUUGUGUCCCCGAAACAGUUCUGUGAGUAAGCUCUGAGCUGUAGGUGGCUGCUUUUCCUAUGCUGCCAUGGACAGCAUCUGCAUGCAAGUUCCCUGGCUGAGGAUGCAUUAGCCGGACUGCCACCCUGGAAGGGGACCAGACAUUGAUAAGGUGUGCAUGUUGUGAGAUUAGAUUUCUUGCUGCUGAUCUGGAGAAAACCUUGCACAGGCAAUUGGUGCUUCCUACUAACCACCCUGCUCAACGCUCGUAACAGGAACAGGGAAGUGUUCCCAUAUGACAAAUUGUCCCAAAGGAGCAGCCUUGCCUCUCGGGGGCAGAGGCUACCAUACUCCCCACACCUGCGCCUGUGCAUGGUUGAUGUUUGGGGCUGCAUGUCCUUUCUAGCCACACUUGUGAUAGGUCAGAGCUGCAAGCUGCUAGCAUUUUUGAAUUGGCAGCCAAUUGGAUCCUGGCUAUGCCUCCCUCCUAGAGGGUGUUCUAGUGCCUGCUUUCUGCAGCCAGAAAUCCAGCCCCUUUCUCCAUAUCCCUGACUACUGACAUUUUGUUCCUGAGCCUUGGCCUACUUUUAACACUGACCUGGGGGACAGCAUGCACCCCUUCCUUUCCCUCUCAAGUGCCACACAGCUGCCAAGCGACUCCCCCACUGUCCGCCGAAGGCUCAUUCUUUUUCCAUUAAUUUCUCUUGCAGAGGGGGACUCCAGGUGCUCUCUUCCCAUUCCCAUUAAUUGAAGUAGCGGUGCCAGUAGCCUGUGGUUGCUUGCUGCUACUCAUUAUUAUCUUCGUGCUUAUGAUCCUCACGGCCCGGAAGAGGCGCCAGUCUGAGGGGACCUACAGCCCAAGCCAGCAGGAGGUGGCAGGAGCUCGCCUGGAGAUGGACAGUGUGCUCAAGGUGCCGCCGGAGGAGCGCUUAAUAUAGGCCCUGCUCUAGCGAGGCAAAGGGCUGCCUUGGCAAGGCUGGCACUGAGGUGCUGGGCUUGUCCCGGGCUGUGUACCUGCUCGCCCACCUCACCAAGCUCCUUAAGCGCAGUGGAGUUGCAAGCGCGUGAGUGGCUGGGCCGCAGGUGCACCUGGCAAUGCCCGAGGCUCCCCAACCCACUCUCUGUGGCUCUUUCCCAGAGGCAGCAGUUAGGCAUCACCCUUGCCCCCUUCCCCGUCCAUCCCUCGCCACAAGGAGGAGCCUGCCCAAAGGCCUCCCUUGCAAAAUGCUGUUCUCACAGGCAGAACUGCAGGCUGCCUCUGCCCGAUUAUGCCGAGGGGGGGGGGGCGCUUUCCCAAGACCAGCACCAACACCAGCCAACCUUCAACAGAAUCAGCACCUCCGAUCCUGCCUCCCUGUCAGACAUGGCUCCAAGGGGUGGAGAGACUUCUCAGAAGCCACUGAGAACAUUUGCACAAACCAACUCGUUUUAUAAAACAGCCCCCUUUGGGGGUGGACUCUCUUGACAUUCCCACAGGUACCAUUUGUUGGUGGUGCUAGUGAUGGAGAUGGUGAAUGUUUGUGUGUGCUUAUUCAGUUCUUCUUGCCAAAUGGUGUGGGAGGCCGUAGGAUGGAGAAGGGAUUGUGGCCCCUUAAGGAUUCAGGUGCAGUGGGAAUGCAGCAACAGAGCCUGCAUACGGACAUGUGGGGAGCAGGUCCUCUCUCUCUCUCUCUCCCUUCUUGCCCACCCACUUGAGAUUGAGACUCAUUAAUAGCCCUCUGGCUCCCAUGCUGCUACCACCAGUUACAGUGGUAACUGUAGAGCUGCUUGGUUGGCUUCCUGGCUCAGGGAUGCUCACCUGUAGAUUACCAAGAGAUGUUCAGAACCUGCCCAGCCAUUGCAGGGUUUCACCUUGUCUGAAAUGCCACUGCAUCUUGUUCCACCACAGCGACCAGCUUGGGCCCAAGUCAGCAGCUCCACGCUGGUAGGCACCGUGGGAGCAGCUGGGGGCGCAGUGCUUAUCACCCUCUUCGGCCUCUCCAUGGUUGCCAUGAAGAAGAGGAGGGCCACCCAAGGAACCUACAGCCCCAGCCGGCAGGAGAAGGAUGGGGCUCGAGUGGAAAUGUGGAACGUCAUCAAGCUGCCACCACUGGAGCGACUGAUCUGAAUGCCAAGGAGGUGGCGGCUGUGUGCCCAUGAACUCAAGACUGCAACGACUCACUCCCCAUGGCGCUUCUCAGGUGUGGCUUCAUCUGGUCCCUCCUUGCAGCAUAACUAACAGGCAAGAGAGUCAGAUUCCCCGUUGCUCCACUGGGCCUUCUGUGCUGGGGCGACAUGUAUUCGGUGAAUGGUUAGCCGAAGGCCUGCUGUCUGCCUGACCAGAAGCACCUGAUGCCUGCACUGUUUGUCUACUUACAGGGAGAAGCUGAGCAAAAUCCAGGGCUAGGAACUCAGCAUAAACCUUGCAUUGGUCAUUAGUCAAGCAGUGGCAUGGAGACAGAACAGGGUUGGAUGAAGACUGGGAGUAAGCACUUCUGUGCUUGUUCAGACUAAUACCACACACAUCUCCAGAAUCCAGUGAUAAGCAGAGCCUUCCCUUUGCUAGAACACAGGGUAUCCCUCCCUACUUGCUGAGGCAUUACCAGAACUAAUACUCCAGUGAACUGCAGCUGAUUGCCAAGGACGAACCGCAAUGCAGUGGCCUAUAGUGCCUUGUGAACAAGCUACCCAAGACAGUAUUAGAAUAACUGGAAGUGAACAUGGGGCCUCCCUGUUCCCCCUCCUUCCAGAGACAGAUCCUGUUUUUGUUGCACAAAGUAAGAGCCCCCAACCAAGAGCAUUCUCUUUCCUUGGUGUCACAAGGCCCUUGCUUUGAAAAUCCCCUUUCAUCUCCCAAGGUGGGAAACUUGCAGGUUUUGUUCAUUUUCAAUUUGUCCUAGUCACACUCUUGUCCUUGUAUUUCCUUGCUUGGGGUUUAUUGGCUAAGAAUGAGAACAGUUUAAAAAGAAAAAGAGCAAUAAAAGCAGAUGUAUGUACAACAAUCAGCCAAAACAAAGAAAAUAGCAGCGACAAACUGAGCGUGAGGCAUCUUGCUUGCUGGACAGGGAAUCAGUUAAGGCAGGGUAAAGAUCUUGGGGCUCUUCAUGUCCCCCUUGACUCCAGGUCCCACCACCCUGGAUCCUGGUCAUACUGGCUGGGGCUAAUGCGAGCCAGAAACUCCACAAAAGCAGGAGGAGGGCCUGAGGAGCCUAGAGUUGCCACUUUUAGUCAGGCAAAAUAAAGGACAGGUUGAGGAAAAUACGGGACAGGUGGGGGGCGCAGGUAAUUGGGGGUUAAAAUUACCUGAUGCAGAAAUGACUUAAAAGCAAUCCAUUAGAAUGGCACAUGGGGGUUAGAGUUUUAUUCAGUGGAAAAACGGGGGGGGGGGGGGCUCUCAGUUUCUGACUUGUGAGUCUCCGUCUCUGAGCUUUCCGCCUCUGCCCAUGCAAAAACCCUCUUUCCCCCAGUCUCCACCAGGGCUGUGCAACGCCCCCUUUCCAAGUCUGCCCCCUCCGUCCUUUCUGCACUCUUCCGCACUGGACCAGACCUCUUUUGCCUUCUGAGAAAAACCCUCUCUCAAGCUCCCCCCCCCCCCGCCCAUGAUGACUCACUCUGGGCUCUCCUCCUCAUGGACCAGCCCUCUGCCACCACCAGCACAAGCUCAGGGUCUCUCUCCUCCCACCAGACCCACCCUCUGUUUUGAGGAUGAGCUCGAAUCUAUGAAAAAGUCAUCGUGUUUGAAGUCCAAACUACACACUGCUGCACUGCAGGGGUUGGACUAGAUGAUCCUCAGGGUCCCUUCCAAAUCUACAAUUCUAUGUGCUAAAGGACAGGCGACACUUUUCUCCAAAAAGUAAAUGGAUGAUCCCAUUUUUCUGGAGAUGGGUGGCAACCCUACAGGAGCCCCCAUUCUUUAGUUGGGGGUCAUACAAGGGCAGGAGUCACUCUCUGCACCCCAACUGAACAAAAUGAGGAUGCGAUUGGCAGGUGCUGCUGCGUGGGCAGGCAGAAGCGCUGGGCAAGGGGUGGCAAAUCCUUAUCCUGAAGGAAGAGGGAGCAGACAGUGGUCAGGUUGAGGAACAUGGGAACCUGUCAGAUCAAAGUUUCAUCUAGCUCAGAAUUGUCCACACUGAUUUGAGGGAACUCCUGAAUUUUUUUGUGGGUGGGGGCAGUGGCCAUUCCCAGUCCUAUCUGGAAAUGCCAGGGAGUGGACCUGGGGAAACGUCUGUAACAAAGCAUGGGCUCUACAACUAACCUCUCCAACUCCCAUCCCUGUGGAGCGCAAGGGGAAAGUAUGGCCUGCAGCUUUAGCUCUCAGAAAAGGUGGGGGAGCCGUGCUCCAGCUCUGCGCUCCAGAGCAAGAGGAGGGAGGGAUGCUGCUCAGAUGAGGACAGCCAUCCAGCAAAGGGCAGCUGCCCAGCAUUGGCUUCUAAUAUCUGUUGGGGACUGGCACAAGGCUAGCCACGCAGCGCCCACUCCUCUGGUAGCCAUGGUCAGAGCAGGGAAGCAUCAGACUCCCUCCUACUGAACUCCCCACCCCCACAGGAAAGACCAGCUCAUCCUUUCGCUGUGCGCUGGCUCCUCUUUCUGCACCCUGCGCCCGAGACAAGAUGAGCACCUGCGUGGAUAUGGCCAACUGCGGCCCAAAAUCAUUAGCGUUUUCAGUCCAAUUGCCAUCAACAGGAGUGAGAAAUAUUUUAGCAAACACUAUCUGCUCCAAGCACCAAAGCCCAGCUUAAUAAGGGGAGGUGUGAAUUCCUAUAGACUGUUGAAGGGAGGGAGCACCGCAGCUGCUGCUGCUGCUGCUGAGAAGUACAUAAUUCAUACUUCUGCUGUAAAUAUUUUAGAAAUGCUACCUGUGCAAAAGAGAACUGAUUCCAUAAUGGGCUGGCCCGACACAUAGCCGUCUCUGAGAAAUCUGCCACACACCCUACCCUACCUCCCGACCCUUUGGAAGGGCCACUGAGACACACACACACACACACACAGCUGAAGGCUUGUGACCAAGGCUAGGUCCCCAGAAGAGGAAAGGGAAAUCCUGCUGCAGGGGAGGGGUUCCAAGUCCAUCACUAGUGGGAGGAUCCCAGCACUCCUAUUAAUUAAGAGCUUUCCUCCACCAGAUUCAGAUGAACAUUCCCACCCCACCUCCUCUCCUCGGUGUGUUAGCUGCUGCAAUCACAACACGUCCAAAAGGAGGAGGAAAUCUAGCCCCCUCCGUGAGCCUUGGCUGGGCAGCACACAAUGCCAGGCCUCUUCCACUGGAUGCGUUCCAUACAAUUCCCACCGUGACUGUGAGAGGGAAGCAGCUGGCUAGGCCCAUCCACUGUUGCAGAGGGGAGUCGGGUCAAGCAUGCACACGGAAUCAUAGAACUGUAGAGCUGGAAGGGACGUAAGCAGGUUUGCUGGGCAAGCAGCGGUUCCAUGUGCGUGUGUUGAUGGGGCUUGGCAAGGGCUGAAUUCUGCUAGUCCAGCUUCCCUCCAUGAGGCCCUUCGCUACCCUCCCUAGCAGUCUGUUAGGGAGCCCAGCACCAUUCAGCACACAUGGCACAAUGAGAACCAAGCGUGACCUGACGAAGGUUGCCUGCAAGAGGGAGCUUAAACAGGUGGCUGUGGCAAGUAAGCCAAGCCAAGUAGAACACCACCUCUCUCCCAAAAGAUUCAGCCUUCGAGGCGAGUGGAACAUUUUCGCCCUUGAGCAUGAGGCAGGAUCCGCACAGCCUGUGCCUCAAAAACAGCAUUUUCUUGUCCACCCUGCUCUGAGGCCUCUUAAGGGGAAUAAGCAAGAGAGAAGCAUCAUUGAUUCCUGAGGUGAGGGCUACAGCCGAGGAAGCAGACUGAGAAUCGUAGCACUGCCUCCAGCUCCACCCCAUGGAUCCCAAACCCUCAGUUAACAGGAGGUGGGGCACUUUGGGGCAAAAACAAAGACACUUGCCGUGAGGGGAUCCUCCAGCAACUGUUUGCACCUUCCAAGGAAGACUUCCCUUGUAGCAGGGUGACUGUGGAUUGACUGAGACACUCCCACAGAAUCUGGACUAGCGCCUUACCUACCUGCUUGGUGUGGCAACCAGCCUUGUAUUUACCAGCACUUGGUACAACGCAUACCUGAAGUUUUCCAGGAGAUGGCAACAAGGAACCAUCUUGUGUCAGACACAUGUCCAAAACGAAUCAUGCAGAGGAGCCCAGUUACUUUCGUUAUCACAUCAAAACAGGUUUGUGAACCAGCCUUCAAAGAACAGCCCUCCACCAUGAAUGAGAAGUCAUGACUCCUUGUCUGCCCCUCUCCUAUUUUUAGAUUUGCACCUGAGCUCUGAGCAUCACAGAGGCCCAACUUCCGCUACAGAUAUAAACCAGUGUUUUUAACCUCUCUGCUGUUUAAUUUAUGGAUGUUUUUUAUUCUGUUUCCCCACUGUGAACUUAACAUACUUUUGAUAUUUAAUGUUGGAUAUAUUUUUUCACAAAGCUGCUGUGCUACAGAUUAUGUACGUUCCUUUUUUUUUUUUUUAAACCAGACUGGUGAUUGUUGUAAUUAAAAUUUGCAUCUAUU